GGGGCCUGUGAGGAUGCCCGGUGUUGAUGCUGGAAUAAACAUGGCGUUGUGCAGGAGCAGGAGAGGCGGUGGCGGUUCCUGCUUGGUUCCUUCGCCUAAGGCGGCGCUGAUCCUGCUGGCGGCUCUGCUCCUGGGAGACCCCGCGCGGGCCCGAGUUCACCACCUCACUCUCAAAGUAGGCCCGCUGGAGAGGGGCAGGAGGGUUGGGGGAAAGGAGGGGGAGGAGAGAAAAGGAGAUGAGCGAAUCGGGCGGGUCACGGUGUGCCGAGGGUUGAAGCCGGCGAGGCAACUUCUUCCACCUUGCUAGGGCUGGGAUCACUGUUUGCUCUUACUCGGCAGGAGACCCUUUGAAAGAUAGUGGGCAGUGACCUCAGUGGGUUCUACUCUUGAGUAGGACUUCGUUGGAUGAAGCCCAUCCUUAUCGUUAUUGGUUUGUAGGCAGUGUUAAGGCUUACUCGAGAGGAAACCGUUGAAAUCGGUGGGUAAUGGAUCGGAAAUAACCAACAAUAGUAAUAAUAAUACUGUAAUACCCAAGAGGAGACCUCUUGAAAUUGAUCCGUGUGGCUGACUCUGGGGUCACUGCCCUCCAGUGGGUAUUGUAGGACUUAGAUGGCUAGAACCUGUUUUUAUUGGGUUGUAGCCAGAGUUAAUGUUACUCAGUGCAGGCCCAUGGAAAUUGAUGGUUAUGACUGAGUUGGUGUCAUUGAUUUCCAGUAGGUCAUCUCUGAGAAGGACUUAAUGGGGUGGUUUUUAUGAAUUCAUUUCAGUUGGGGGUUUGGCUGGGUUUUGAUGCAGAAACUGCUUUGGCCACCCUGUAUGAUAUCCCCUGGCAGAAGAGAGACAUGGGAAAUGCAUCCCUGCCAGUUCUUUACCUUAACGGCUUUCGAUACCAUUGGCCAUGGGUUCUUCUAGAGAAACUGUCUUGAGUUGUGGGUUGGGUGGUUCUGAUUUGUGGUAAUUCCAGUACUACUUGGAUGGUUGUUUUCAGAGGGUAAUGCUUGAGAAGUGCUUUUCGGCCACAUGGAGCCUUCAAUGUGGGGUACCUCAGAGUUUGGUUUCCCCCGCUUAUGCUGAUCAACAUCUACGUGAAACUGCUGAAUGGGGUCAUCAGGAGUUCUGUCAGCAAUAUGCUGAUGACACAACUCUACUUUUCCUUUACAUCUGUAGGUGUGGCAGUGGAUGUGCCAACAAACUGAAGCUCAAUCCAGAUAAAGCAGUGUUGUUGGGUGGUUCCCUAAGUCUGGAUGGAUAGGAGGUUGCCUGUUCCUGAUGGGAUUAUACUCCUUCUGAAGGAGCAGGUAUGUAGGUUAGGGGUCCUUCUGGACCUUUGAUUUUGCUUGAGGUUCAAGUGGCCUCAGUGGCACAGAGUGCCUUCCAUUAGUUUUGGCUGGUGGCGCAGCUGCGCCCCAUCUGGACAGGUAUAGCCUAACUUCUGUCGCCUAUGCUCUGGGACCCUCUAGGUUAGACUAAUUCAAUGCAUUGUACAUAUGGGGUGCCUCUGAAGACAGUUUGGAAACUUCAGCUGGUGCAGAGUUCAGUGGGGAAGGACAUAUUGCACCAAUCCUGGCCCACCUGCAGUGACUGCAAAGUAGUUUCUGGGCACAAUUCAAAAUGCUGGUUUUGACCUAUACAGUCUUAAAUGGCUCAGGAUCACACUAUGUCAAGGACCAUCUCUCCCCAUCGGUGUUCAAAAUUAGCCAGGUGCCUGGUGCAUUUGCACCUGGCUAUCAACCACUUGUGACCAAGCGAAGAUGCCUGGAUGCCAGAAUGGUGCCUGACAUCUCCACCAUCUGAAGGUGCAUGCCUGAGGAUAAUUGGAUCUGGACUGUUUUUACACACUAAUACCACAUCCUGUAGAAUUCUAUUAUGCUUUAUCUGUACAUUUGGAAUGAGUUUCAUGAAUCAGAAUGCUUUUUCUGUGCAGCCUGAGCAGGAGCAGUGACCAUUAAGAAAAAGAGGUAGGAAUAGGCCAGUAUAUAUGUAGACUGUCCCUGGAUCACCUCAGAGCUGUAUAGCUGCUUCUUGGGAGAAAAGCGAUGAUAAACCUAGACAGCAUCUUAAAAAGGAGAGACAUCACCCUGCCAACAAAGGCCCAUAUAGUUAAAGCUAUCAUUUUCCCAGUAGUGAUGUAUGGAUGUCAGAGCUGGGCCAUAAAGAAGGCUCAUCGUUGAAGAAUUGAUGCUUUUGAAGUAUGGUGCUGGAGGAGAGUCUUGAGAGUCCCAUAGACUGCAAGAAGAUCAAACCUAUCCAUUCUUAAGGAAAACAGCCCUGAGUGCUCACUGGAAGGACAGAUCCUGAAGCUGAGACUCCAAUACUUUGGGCCACCUUAAGAGAAGAGGUGGAAAAGUCCCUGAUGUUGGGAAAGAUUGAGGGCAGAAGGAGAAGGGGCGACAGAGGACGAGAUGGUUGGACAGUGUUCUCGAAGCUACCAGUAUGAGUUUGACCAAACUGUGGGAGGCAGUGAAAGACAGGAGUGCCCGGCGUGCUCUGGUCCAUGGGGUCACGAAGAGUUGGACACGACUAAAUGACUAAACAACAACAAAGGAAGUCAGACCUACCUCUGUGUGGAGGGACCUGCCACAGAGAAGGUGCUGUCCUGUCACAGUUCAGAGUGUCCAGAAGCUCAGAUAUUUGGAGCUUAAGUGGUUUAGGGCUCUAAACCCUAAUCUGAACACCUUAAAUUGGGCCUGGAAACAAAUGAGUAACUUAGAUAUGUUAAGUUCAAUGGAUCGAUGGUGAAUAGGACUAAGUUGCAUACAACCUAUUCUUUUUGUUACCAAUAUAAUUAAAAGUUAUUUGUGUUUAGUAUUUGGGAUGAUAAUGAGCAUUACAGUAAGCCUGCAACUUAUGUGGAGGUUAUUUUUCAGGUAUCGCACCAAAAGCCAAAAUUGUAUAUAAUCAAAACACAUUGGGUUCAAUGUUGGGUGGGAUUACCAAAGUUAUUUUUUCAAGAAUUCUGUCCUCUUUCAAUUUUUUUUUUUUUUGGCCACCCACUUAAAGCUGAAUGUGCACAAGUCAAAUAUGCAUAAGUUACAGGUGUGGUUAGUUUGAGACUUUGUAGGUAGCUGCUGAUAUGCAUAUGGACUUAGGUGCUGUGGUUAUCAUGUGCAUGUCCAUUGUCUACUCAUCUAGUUAUUAUGUGCGUGUCUCUGGUUUUGCAACCUGAGGAUAUGAACAAUUGCUUGAGCCACUUCAGAACCCUGUGUUGUCAAUAGAAUCGGGAAAUGUGGGUUAUCCUGCCUUAGCUAGGGCUGUGCUUCCCUAGAGGACUCUUGUUCGGAGUCUGGGUGUUCUCCGGGAACCAUCAAUGAGCCUGGGUAUCCAGAUCUUGGCAGUAGACUGGAACGCCGUAGGAUAGCAGAGGUGUUAGAUCUGGCCAUGAUAACGUGCCUUAGUUACAUCUAAUGUGGACUGCUCUAAUAUGUUCUGUGCAACUCUGCCUUUUCAACUGUGUUUGGAAACUUGAAGCUCUCUCUGAAUGCUGCAGAAAGGUGUUGAAUGGAAAGAGUUACAAGAACUUGUGUGGCUCUCUUGGGGCAGAGCUCAAAGUGUUGUUCACGACCUGGAAAGUUCUAGAAAGACCAGGUUACUCAAACGACUACUUUCUUAUCAAUGAGCCUGCCUUUGAGAUCUUCCAGAAAGUCCUUCUGCCAAUUCUUCUAGUCUCCAAGGCACAUGUGGCAGGGAUGGGCCUCUUCAGGGGUUGUGCCCAGACAUGGAAUUACCUUCCUAUCAAUCUCCUUCUGCUGUCAGGAAAAGACUUUAUUCAGGUAGUCAUUUAGCCUUUCAUGCUGCUUUGACUCUUUUUCCCAUUUAUGGCUUGUUGUACUGUGGCUGCUGUUAGGUGUUUGUUUAUCUGUUGGUUUUUAAAAAAUAUAUUAUUUUUUAAAGUCAAUGUAGAUAGUACUGAGCCUGACCAAAGGUUUGGCUCAUAAGGGAAAUUCUUAUUCUUUAAGAAAUAAUGAUGAAAGACCAUUUCUGUCCUGUCCUUCCUCUUAGGAGCUCAAGACAGUGUACUUCAUUUUUUCCUCUAUCACCUCCCCACCUCAUUUUAUCCUCUUUAUCCUAACCUCUAGGACUGGUCAAACGAUCACCUUUCAAGAUUCUUGGCAAUGUAGGGGACUUGAAUUUUAGUCUCUGUCACACACCCCUCCCCAAACCCUCACAACAAUCCUUUGAGGAGGUAAGGCUAAGACAGUGACCAGUUACUCAGUGAGCUUCAUAGCCAAAUGGAAUUGGAACUUUGGGGUUUCCCACCUUGGUGAUACUUAUACACAAACACCAUUAAUGAGGGCUGUUGUACAGUAAGUUCAGAUCUUUGAAAGUCCUCUAAGUUCAGGAUAUCAAUUAUUUUAUCUUAUGGCAGCUAAUAGCACCAAACUUUUAAGAUGGUAAAGCGCAGGGUGAUAUGAACCUGCCUUAUCUGGGAAAGGGCUCAGUGGUAGAGCAUCUGCUUUGCAUGCAGAUGGUUGCAGGUUCAACUCAUGGCAUCUCUUGCUAGGGCUGGGAGAGGCUGCCUGACUGAAACUCUGGAGAGCUGCUGUCAGUGAGUGUAGACAAUAUUGGACUAGGUGGAUCCAAUGAUGGGACUCAGUUUAAAGCAGCUUCCUAUACACACUGAGUCAGGCUGUUGGUCCAUCUAUCUCAGCAUUGUUUACACUUAACUAGCAGCAACACUCCAGGGUUCAGAACUGAUUCUUUCCUGACAAUGCCAGGGCCUAAACCUGGAGCCUCCUGCAUCCAGAUCAUGCAGUGUAAUGUGUAGACAAGCCUACAAUCAUAGGGGUUCUAAAAUAUGCUUCAAUCCAGGUCACAUCCAUGCUUUACAUUUAAUGCACAUGGCUUUUCUGAAAGAAUCAAGGGAACUGUAGUUAACCACUCAGAGUUGCAAUUUCCAGAGGUCUUAACAACCUACAGUUCCCAGGACUAUUUGGAGGGUAGGUCACAUGUUGGACUUUCUGCAUGCAAAGCUGGUGCAUCCCCCUAAAAAUAAAGGAAGAUUCUAGUCUUUGCAGCUUGUACUUCUGGAGAAAGGGCUUAGUGAAUCUGGGAAGCUGCCUUAUAGCUCAGUAUUGUAUAUGGCAGCUCUCCAGGGUUUCAAGCAGGGAAUGGAUAUGGUGGGGAUUGAACCUGGGACCUUCAGUAUGCAAGGCAAAAUGCCCCACCACUGAGCUGUGGCUAUUCCCUGGAUCCGCAUACAUAAUAAAAAUUGGGGGUAGCCAGUGUGGUACCUUGCAUAUCUUGUGGUCUCCUAUCAGUCCCAGCUGUAACGACUAGUGGUCAGGGAUGGUGAGGGCUGGAGGCCAGGCUUCAAUGCCGGCGGUCAGGGACAUUCCAUGGUGUUGGAACCCUGACUAAGAAGGCCCUGCCCUUUGUAAGCUGAGCUUCAUUCCAUGAUGUGGCAUGUGUUGAGCUAAGCAUACCAGAAGAUGUGGGUGGCCUUGUUUGCCAUCAUCUUAGGCAGUGUUAUAAUUGCACCCAUUACAAGCUUUUUUCAUCCCUUCCCAUUUCUUGUUCCGUUUUCUCAAAAGCUGUCAGGAAAUACCAGGCAACAAAAAUGCUUAUGCAUUCUUUAGAUCAGGGCUCAGUUGAGCAAUGUCCCUUUUAGCAGGUCAUUUCCUUCUGUUGUAAGGACUAGUGCAUAAUGCCUCAAACUGGAAAACUGCAGCUGAACAUAAGCUUCAGGUUAAUUUGCCUUCUCCAAACUCACCUUGUCUUUGUUCUCUUCAUUACACGGGGACAAAAGAAAUAAACAUGUAAGCUAUUGGGCAUUCUGUAAAUCAGGGGUGUGGAAACUUUUUGAAGAUGAGUGAGUGCCCCAUUCCCUUCUGGACAACAUUCGGGGGGCUUCAUGCCAAUGGUGGGCUCGGCCAGAGGCAAAAGUGGGCCAAGCCAUGGAUGUGACUCACCCACCUGCCAGCCAAUCAAAGCUUGGAGAUUUUUAUACAUACAGAGAAAUGUGAGGGCCUGGAAAAAAAACCAGAAAAAUUCGGGAAGAAAUUGCAAGAAACUGGAGUGCAAAUAUUUCUUUGCUUCAGUUUCACGUCAGCUUCUCAGUUGUUUGUUUCUGACACGCCCUUGUUUCCCCUAAUGUUUUCUGUCCGCUCCUCCUCCAGCCUUUGCAUCUCCAUGUCAUACACACAUCUCCGUCCUCCACUGAGGUAAUCAAAAGGCAUUGUCACAGUUCAAGGGUGUUCCAGCCAAGCAAAAGCACUUGAGAAGAGUGUGAAGGGGUGUGGCCUGGGGAAAGGGGUGUGGCCCAGGAAGUGUACUGGGAGCCAGAUAGAGAGGCCUAGAGGGCCGCUUCUGGUCCCCAGACCUGAGGUUUUCCCACCCUUACUGUAAUCCACUUCAACUUCCUAGGGAUGUUUGCUUAACAGUAAUGUUGAAGUUUACAAGCAUAAUUUUUCUCUCCCAGUGCUUUGUUGUUUGCUACUUCUAACUUUGUCAGCAUUGCAGGAAUGCAACCCUCUGUCUGAAAACUGUUCUCCACUCCUAGAAGCCAUUAUUUGGCUUUCUGUGUUGUAUAAACAAGGCUACUGUUUACUGUUCUGGUUGCAGCACCUCAAAAAGGAUUUUGUAGAGCUGGGAUGGGCCGCUAAACUGAUUAAGGAGCUGGAUCAACUCCUCUGUGAGGAAAAGUUACAACUUUUUGAAGCUUCCAAUUGGGGCAUCUGGUUGGCCACUCUGAGAGCAGGAGGCUGGACUGGAGGAACCUUUGGCUUGAGAUUCAAUCAAGUACAGUGGUACCUCGGGUUACAUACGCUUCAUGUCACAUAUGCUUCAGGUUACAGACUCCGCUAACCUAGAAAUAAUACCUCAGGUUAAAAACUUUGCUUCAGGAUGAGAACAGAAAUCAUGCUCCAGCAGCGCAGCAGCAGCAGGAGGAGGAGACCCCAUUAGCUAAAAUGGUGCUUCAGGUUAAGAACAGUUUUAGGUUAAGAACGGACCUCCGGAACGAAUUAAGUAUGUAACCAGAGGUACCACUGUACUUGUUUUGCUUUUUGUUCUUGCAGACUUCUUCGCCUGAAGUCUGCUGCACCUUAUGUCAAGCGACCUGAGGUCAUGUCAGCAGGAAGUCAACAAUGUUGGUCUUAGGUACACAUCCACGUAUGAUGUUUUUUCCUUUUGGAAUUUUAACAGGUACAGCUUAGCACACUGUACUGAGAGGUAAAGCAUUUGCUUAAAUUAGCUCUAUUCCAAUUGGAGGUUAAAACUAUGAGAGCUGGGCUGGAGGACUCUUGUUCCCUUUCCCUUUGGCCCCAGGCAGCAGGAAUAAUGGCGUCCAGCAACAUCUGCAGAAACUCAAGUUCAUCACCUCUGUUUUAGAGGAUAGGGCUGUAGCUGAGCACUAGAGCCUCUGCCUACAAGCAGAACGUCCUGAGUUCAUCCCUGGUGUCUCCCGGUAGAGCUGGGAAUACUCUUUGCCUCUGAAAUGAUGGAGAGAUGCUGCCAGUCAGUGUAGGCAGUACUGAGCUGGACUCACCAAUGGUCUGACUCGGUAUAAGGCAGCUUCCUACAUUCCUGUUUGACUCUGCAUUUUAUUCAGAACCAUGAGGACUACAAUGUGGUAGUCCUGACAUUUUUGGGAAGUUCGUUGACUAUAGACAAACGUCUUUGACAGACAGUUAAAAGAAGAGAAACAUAGUGAUUCCACUGUUCUCCUUCGCAUUUUAAAGGAACAAAUAUUGACAAAAUAUCUGAAAAAGGAAACUUUGUUGUUAGAUCUGCUUUUAAAAGAAAUUAAAAAAAAGAAAAGAGAUGGAUACAAAUAGAAGUUCUUCCCCUAGAGGGAGCCUGUGAAACUGUUACUAAAUUUGAACCGGGGAGCUCUGCAGCUGCAACAGAUUAAGAUCGUGGGAAUAGACUUCUGACCUUGUAUAACAAUGUAUUCAGAAGCUCUGGUGCGUGCUUUCUGCAAAACAAGUGCCUUAUUGGAACAGUUACAUGAGAAGGCGGACUUGAUGACUGUUGCGAUCAGAAAUUUUGAACAGGUAGUGAGUAACUAUAUAGAACCCACCCAGGAACCAACUCAGGAGUGUGCUCUGACAGAUCAGAUGAGGAAGGAGGAUGUUGCUGAACCUCGGGUGUCAGAGAUGGAGCGAGCUGUGGUCCAGCAGGAACAUGAGUUGUUGGAUCUGACAAAUUAACUUGGAAAAAGCCAGAUUUGGAGAGAUAGAGUUUUGUUUGGUUUGGAAAUGGGGGAUUGGAUAGAACCCCCCCCCCCCAUGCAGGGAUGUUUUGACUUUUCAAGUCUGGCAAUGGGCCGCAAGAUGUUUGGGGUUGUGGGGGUUCUUAACUCUGGAGGGACUUUGAAACAUGUUUUUAAAUACCACAUGGAGUUUAGUGUGGACUAUGGAAAAGGGGCUGAUUUGUCGAGAAGGGACAAAAAUACUGUCAAGUUGGAGUUUCCACGAGUGAAAGGAGCAGGAGACAAAGUAAAGUACAGGUAUAAAUAUGAAGAAGAUCUGCGGAAGGGACAUGGAAGAGACUUAAGGGCCUCGGACAUAAGAUUACCAGGUUAAUGAGCUAGAUGGAUGGGAUAGAAAGGACUGACAAAACCCGGGACCAGGAGGAAGAGACGUUGGAUGAAGAUUGGAAGAAAGUUUUAAAAAUUUUUUUAUUAGGGUUGUCUUAUAAAAUUGAUGAAUGUUAGAAAAAUGUUGGAACGAAAUUAUUUGGCUUUAGUAGAAAUGUUAAAAGAAUUAUGUAAGAAUAUGUUAUGGUUAUGAGAAAUUGGUAUAAAUAAGAUCUAAGUUUUAGGGUCUUUUAUAGUAAGAUAAGGUUAAAAUAGAUUAAUGUAAUUUAAUGACAGAAUAUUAUGAAAAAUGGAAAGGAUUUGCUGUGAUAAUUAACAGCUAGAAUACAAAAAAGGGGAGGAGUGAGGAGGUCGAUGAAAUAAGGCAAUGACAGUUAAGGAUUUGGGAAUAUUGGAUUUGUUUUUAAAUUUUUGUGGCUUAUUUUUGCUUUUUGAUUGUGAUGUGUUACGUGUUUUGUUGUUGUUUUUUGAUUUUGAUUUUGAUCAAUUUGUAUUGUUUGAUUGUGGUUUGUUUUUUUGUUUGUUUUUUCCCCUUCUUUUUCUCUUUGUUUUUCCUGUAAUUUUAAAAUUCUUAAUAAAUAUCAUUUAAAAAAAAAAAAAAAAGACUGCACUUCUCUGCAGACUUGGGAGUGAGCCUGAUGGACUCUGAGUAACAUAGUGGCACUGUAAUGAAAGCUGAAUCCUGUAUUGAUCUGAUUAGCCACUGUAGGAAGAACAGUAUGUGGACCAGAAUAGCCAAUCUGUGUGAUUCAGUGGGUCUGUGCAAUGCUCUGUAUAUAACAUAUCCCAUGGAGCACACCGGGACUUUCCUAGUGAUUUUGCAGAGAGACUGUAGCUCAACUGUAGAGUGUUUGUUUGGUGUGCAAAUAAAAUGGCUGUUGUACCACUGGUGUGGCCAGGCUUCUGUAUCUUUGCUUGCAGUGGCAAGUGCACCCCAGCCUUUCUCCCAACUUUGGCAUUGCUGAGAUGAAUAGUGCCCCAGAAGAUGUGAACAGUGAUCCCAGGUGGGAUAUUUGGUUGUGGCAGGCUUGACAUUGAAGGUGGCCACUGGGUAGGCGUGUUCCGUGGAGUCCCUCACACACAUGCAGGACCACCUUGGAAAGCACCUACCACCAGAGAGGAUGUUUUGUUUUUCCCCCCUUUCACUGUUGCACAAUUCCAUUGGCAAAUUCUCUUUCCAUGAGUGGGGAACCUUCUUGGCCAUUGUAUGUCCAAAAUGCUGGAAUCUCUUCACCUUCAGUUCUGGUGGACCACAGCAUAUGAAGCCCCUCUGGUUCAGUUCUUUGGAGCCUUGUGCAUUUAUUAUUUUCAUUUAUUUAUUAUUGCAUCUAUAUCCCACCUUUUUCUCCAAGGAGGUCAAGGUGGCAUACAAGGUCUUCCUCCUCAUUUAAUCCCCAGAACGAUUCUGUGAGGUAGAUUAGACUGAAAGAGGCAGUGACUGGUCCAAGUGAGUUUCAUGGCCGAAUGAGGAUUUGAAUCCUGGUCUCCCUGGCCCUAGCCUGACACACUAACCACUGUACCACACGCUCUAUUAUUAUUCAUUAAACCUAUUAGCCCCUUUUAAAAAUGAAAAUAACUGUUUAAUUUAAGGCACUUAUACACUGCUUAACUGCUAGCAUUUGGGUGUGUGACAUGCUUAAAAAUAACUAUACAGAGAACAAAAUGAUAAAAAAGUAAUGCCGUUUGUUAGGAGGUUUGCCAUGGUCUUCUGAUCCUCAUAUGCAUGAUUGGUGAGCUGGUAUUGUGGUUUGUCAAGCUGCAAGUACAGACAUGCGCCAUUAAGCAAGAGUAUGGAUGGGGUAAACGAAAGUAGAUGUGUGAGGCUGAUGCUUGAAAGUAAAACUAUGUUGACUUUAUUUUUCUCCCUUGUCAGUUUCCUCCAUCACAUCUUACUCAUUUCCCUAGCUGGCCUGCAGUUCUUUCUCAGAAGUUGCAAAACACUUGUAACCGAAACCGUAGAAUAAUGGGCUGCAUAGAUAAUAUAUACAUUUGAAAUCUCAAUGUGGUUCUAUGACUAAUUCAGUCUUGUGAAAUUCAACGGCUGGGUGUGGGGAGAGACCAAUCCAGCCAAAAGUUAAGCAUUUUAAAAAUCCUAUUAAUGGUAAAUUGACAUGCUUAUAUUGCUUAAAAUAAGGGUUUGAACUGAUAGUUAAUGCAUUUCCUUUUUUAUUUCCUGGUCUGUGAUUCCCCCACCCCAAGUUAGUGUAUUACAUGUAUAUAGUUCUUGUCUGAGCAUCCUUGGACUCCCCUCCCCCCUCACCAAAUAUUUUAUUGUUUUCACAUAUUUAUAGAAGAAGCAAUUAUCAGUGUUCAACAAUCCCCCCUCCAGAAGCACCAAAUUUAUAUUUAAUUACAUUUAACUUUCAAGUCAUUUCAGUUUUUAAACAAAGGUAUCAUUUCUUUCACAAGUUGCCAUGUGUGCUUGGAGGCCUAUAAUCAUGUUCUGUUGAUUUUUCAUAUGUAAUAAAACUUUGCUAGGUUGAUUGAAAAGUAGUGGUUUUCUUGUCCGGCUCUCUCGAACUUCUUUAUAAUGGCAGGUAUAGGGUUUACCAGUAGGUGUUCUUUAUAAACUGCUUAGAGGUCUUCUGUUGAGCAAGUGGCAUAUAAAUUGUUUUCAAUUAAAAAAAAAAAGACUAUGCAAGGUUGAUUGAAUUCUUCCCUCUGUCUAUUUUGAAAAAAGGAUGGUGGCUAUGAGUCAAAGCAAGUUAUUUCUUCAGACUUUAGCUGUGAUAUGUGGUUAGGGUUUGUAAGAAUUCCUCACUCUUUUUAUAUAUAUAUACACACAUAUAUGCAUACACAGACAAGCGCACACACACGCUAACUGACCCAGUGAUUUCAGGAAUCCCCAAAGGACAUGAAGAGAAAACUCUCCCCUGCUGUUGACCCCCAAUAGGUGGCUUUCUUAGGUAAAGGUAAAGGUACCCCUGAUCAUUAGGUCCAGUCAUGACUAACUCUGGGGUUGCGGCGCUCAUCUCGCUCGAAGUAAGUAAGUAAGUAAGGCUUUCUAAAGUAGUGGAAAAUGCAGGUUCAGCAUUCAAAACUUUGACACAUUCCCAUGCUCUUGUUAAUAAUUGUUUAAAGAUCCCCCCAUGCAUCCAGACUUGGCUUUUGUGUGUGUGGAUAUGCCCCCAUGAGCGUUAGCAACCAUUUCCAGUCCUGUUUCAUGAAAUCCUUUAGUUCCCUCAUUGUACAUGGGCUGUGGUGAUGUUGCCCCCUGCUGAUUAAAACCAGAAAGUGUUGAUCUUCAGAUUUCAAGUGCUCCAAGGUUGCUCUUGUUUGUGUCUCAGUGAUAAAUCUAGCGGGUGUCUUAAGAACCUCUGUCUCUGUAGCAAGUCCUGGACAUUUCACAUGUAACUGAUUUCCAUUGAGUAAAUGUAACACACUUCUUAACUGGAAGUAACGGCCAGACAAACAGCGCUGCAGAUAUUGGACAUCCAUCAGCAAGCCAGGUGUGUGCACUUGAGGUUGGGUGUGUGUGGGAAAACAGAACCAUGAGGUGUAUCUUGGGCAGGGCAGAUUGUCAUUUGAAUGAAUCGCUCCUUGUCCGCCUUCCAUGGCGCAGGCAGAGACUUGCAGCUGUGGUUUUAUUUUGCAUUUCUUGGGUUGCUGGUGCAGACGUAACAUAGCAACACAUGGUGUCCUCCAGAUGUUCAUCAACUGGCUCGGGCCUGAUGGGAGUUGGAAUCCAACAACAUCUGAAGCAGCACCAGGUUGUUGAAAGCUGGUACACCUGUCCCUUUUGGCGGGGGUGGCCAGUAUGGUGCCUUCUAGAUGUGACCUUUUGGCCAGGCUGCCUGCAGCUGAUAGUAGCUGGAGUCCAAACAACAACUACAGGACAUCAAGCUGCCCUGCAUUGCUUUUAUAUAUUUACUGCAUUUAUAUCCUAACUUUUUCUCCAAUGAGCUCAAGGUGGCAUAUGUUUCUUUUUCUCCCUCAUCUAAUCCCCACAAGAAUCCUGUGAGGUAGGUUAGUCUGAGAGAGGCAGUGACUGGCCCCAAGUUCACCCAGCGAGCUUCAUGGCUGAGUGAGUAUUUGAACCCUGGUCUCUCUCAGGUUCUAGUACAGGGGUUGGCAAAGUUUACCUCUCCUGGGCCGGUUCAUUCCAGUGGAGAUCCCUCCGUGGGCCAGAUUGUGUGCCCAUGAUUUUUGGCGUCUGCGCAGAUGAGAUUUUUGGUGCUGCGGAAACGAGUCCCCAUGCUGUGCUGUUUUAGCGCAGCGGGCGGGGACUCACUGAAUGGGCGGCUCGGUUUGAGGGUGGCUUGUGGGCCAGUUAAACGACCCCCGUGGGCCACUUGUGGCCCAUGGGCCUUAAGUUGCCAACCCCUGUUCUAGUAUAACACACUAACCAUUGCACCAGUGACAGGCUGCAAGAGCCUAUGCUCCCACCUCUCUAGAGUGCCAUUCUUCUCUCCCUCAGUGGACUUGACCAGGUUAACAGGUAUGUCAGUACCACCUUUUAAACCAAGGUUGCCACUAACCAGUUUCCCUCUCAACCAGGGUUUGCUAACUAGUUUCAAACCCUGGUUUUCAAAUCCUUCUUCAAGGCAAACCCAGAUUGACAGUAACCAUUGUUAAGGUGAAUACAAAUGAACGGAGGACAUCAUGUUUGUGGAGAGCACAUUAUCCUGGAGCCUAUCCCCCAUUAUACCUUUAACCACAAUGAGGCUAAGACUAUAAUUAUAUCAUGGUUUUGCCCAUUCUCCUCCUCUGUCUCCUAAUGGCAUCAAAGCCCAAGGCGGCUAGAACGUGCUGCUCAUAUUUUUCUUAUGAUUGACCAGAUGGUUCCCCUUCAGGAAUCUUUGGCAAUGCCUGCCUAAUUCUGAUAAUUUCCUUCAAAUCCUUCAAGUAUACUUCAAGCUCCACUUGAUUUGGAAUUCUUCCUGGCUUGGACUUUCCCUUUGUGGGCUUGGUAAAGAUACGUCAUUGGCUUAGGGGGCUGUUCAGAAGCUUCCAUUCAGGGGGCUCUGGGCACUUAGUGCUUCAGUGUCAAAGCAUUUAAUAUAGGUUUGGAUUGCAAAUAGUGCCUGAGUAAAACUUAGCUAAAUACCACCCACAAUUUCUUCCCCUCCUUGGCAAAGAGCAGUAUGAAUGGUAGGAAGAGCAUUGAGGUGUGUAAGGAACUGCACUGAACUGUCAACCUGUGCAUCAGCAUGCAAAACGAUUAGCUGUCUGCAAUAAUUGGGAACAACCAAACAGACCCAGAAUAGGCUGCCUUGCCUUUCAGAAGCUCUGCCCAGCCCAAGCACAAGAAUCAGCCUAUAGUCUGCUAAGUAACCAAUUGUUUUACAUGUCGCUUCUCUUCUGCUGUGGGGAGAGGACUCUACAGCCUUAAGGACUAAGGGCAUUGCCCAUAUGUAAAAAAAAUCUAAGGUUAUCAAGAUCUGAUGCACUUCCAGGAGGUAUGGAAUGGUAGAUAACAAGAAGUCCCUUCUUUGGGUCCCUUUGCCAUAUUGGGUAUGGUGUGUAGGCUACUGGGGUGACUGUUAUUUGUACUUGGUAAACUACUUAGAAACUUAUUUUGGUGUUAAUCAGUAUAUAAAUUAAUAUAAAGUAAAUGAUUUUAUAAAGUUGUCCCUUCGAUGCGGUGAAGGUAUCCUGUCCCCUUAGCAGAAAAACACCCCCAAAGCAUAAUAUGUCCCCCUCCAUGUUUAACGGUGGGGAUUGUGUUCUUGGUGUCGUAGGCAGCAUUCCUCCUCCUCCAAACACGGCGAGUUGAGUUGAUGCCAAAGAGCUCGAUUUUGGUCUCAUUUGACCACAACACUUUCACCCACUUCUCCCCUGGGUCAUUCAGAUAUGCAUUGGCAAACUGCAGAUGGGCCUGUACAUGUGCUGUCUUGAGCAAGGGGACCUUGCGGGCUCUGCAAGAUCUCAGUCCUUCACGGCGUAGUGUGUUACCAACUCUUUUCAUGGUGACUAUGGUCCCAGCUGCCCUGAGAUCAUGGACAAGUUCCCCCUGUGUAGUUGUGGGCUGCUUCAUCACUGUUCUCCUGAUCAUUGCAACUCCACGAGAUGAGAUCUUGCAUGGAGUCCCAGACCAAGGGAGGUUGACAGUUAUUUUGUGUUUCUUCCGUUUGCGAAUUAUUGCACCAACUGUUGUCACCUUCUCACCAAGUUGCUUGGCAGUAGUCAUGUAGCCCAGUCCAGCCUUGUGCAGGUCUACAAUCUUGUCCCUGACAUCCUUGGACAGCUUUUUGGUCUUGGUCAUGGUGGCUAGUUUGGAAUCUGCUGGAUUGAUUGCUUCUGUCGACAGGUAUCUUUUGUACAGGUACUGUAACGAGCUGGGAUUACAGGUAAGACCUCUCCCUUACAGCAGGUGCUUCUAAUCUCAGCUCGUUACAUACAGUGAAGAUACCAGGUAACCUGACAUCUGGCUGGUUGAUAGGGGAUCAAAUACUUAUUUCACUCAUUAUAAUGCACACCAGUCUCUGACUUUUGUCUUCUGGGUUUCUGGGGUUUUCCUGUUGUUAUUCUGUCUCUCACAGCUGCAAUAAACCUACUAUUAAAAUUAUGGACUGGUCAUUUCUUUGUCAGAGGACAGACGGGCAAAUUUAGCAGGGGAUCAAAUACUUUCCCCCCUCACUGUAGGUCUAGCCUCAUCCUCAUCCUCCCUCCCUGUUGAGUUCUAAAAGGUGUAACACUGAGACUGAGGAUCAGGAAGCUGCCAUGCAGGGUCACCCUUAUAGAGGCAAGCAAAAAGGGGCUGGCUGUUGGUAGACUUAUCCAUAGAAUUGUAGAGUUGGAAGGGACCCUGUGGAUCAUCUAGUCCUACCUUCUGCAUUGCAGGAAUAUGCAGCUGUCCUAUAUAGGGAUUAAACCUGUGACUUUGGUGGUAUCAGCACCAUGUUCUAACUAACUGAGCUAUGCUGAAACACUUGAGGUCCAUGGGGCAGCAUCCCACCUGCCCAAUUGCCCCCCUCUUCUCCUUGAAUGACAAGGCAUUCACCAACCCCAGUGACAAGCACCCUCCCUGCCCAUCCCUGCAUCAGCUUGCCUCACUGCAGCUUGAAAAGAAGCCCUGUUUCCUUUUUUCCAGGAAGACGUACGUCAGAAAGUCCAUCUGAACACCUUCGGCUUCUUCAAAGAUGGCUUCAUGACGGUCAACGUACACAACCUCUCAGUAAAACCGGUCGGAGUGGGUGUCAAAGACUACCUGGUAGGCAUCCCUUUUGUAUUUUGCACCCCAGCUGAAGGAAUACCCCCCAUGCCUUCAUGGAAGGGUUGAGCAGUCAAAGGGAGGGUCAUGUAUUGGGAUCAAACACCACUUGGCCCUUUGCAAAGGUCUAUCCUUUUGAGCCAGAAGUGGUGGUGGGAGCCUUUGACUUUCCAGAUGCUGCUGGACUUCAAUUCUCAUCAGACUCGGGUAACUAACAACCAGGGGUGAUGGGAGUUCCUAGAAUUGUAGAGUUGGAAGGGACCCCAAGGGUUAUCUAAUCCAACCCCUGCAGUGCAGGAAUCACAGCUACAGAAUCCUUGGCAGAUGGCCAUCCAACCUUCGCUUAAACACCUCCAAUGACAGUGCCACUUUCUGAGAGGGGCAUUGUUGUUGUUUUUAAUUUCAUUUAUGUACUGCUUUAGCAAAGUUUUUCUAAUAUGAGAAAUGGCUGCUUUUAUCAAGAAGUAAAAAGCUUGAUUGCUUUUUUUUUUUUAAACACAUACUUAAAAUCUGUUGAAAACCUCAAAUUUUAAUGCUUCUUUCUUUGAAAAAAACAUGUAUGUGCUUUUUUCUUUUUUAGGUGGGAUUCAGUUUAGACCGAACACGGAAUGAUGGAUUCUCCACCUAUCUGGUAAGGGCAUAGGUUGAGCACAUUCUAGCUCAGACAAGACCAAUUAGAACGCCCAAAUUUAUCAUUGUUUUCUGCUGAGCUCUUUUGGCUAAUGAAGAAGAAUGCUCUGCCUUGUACAAAUUCAUCUUGGACACAACAUGGACUGAGGUGACAAUGUAUUGGUAGUACCUCCUUAGAUUUAUGUCUGCUUCUCUGAAAAGUGAUGUUAUUGCUACGUGAAAACCUCUGGUGGUGGACCUAUCCAGCUGUAAAAGAGAGAGAGAGAGAGAGAGAGAGAGAGAAAGAGAGCCUUUUCGGACAGAAGUAGCAGAGAGAGAGAAGUAUAGGAUCCUAAACUAUGUUUAUUAUCUAUAUCGAUGGAGAAAAUGCCAGGAGUGUUUGCAAACCUGUAAUCACUUAUUUGAUGGUCGGAGCAUGCCUAGUUACUUCACAAUGAUAGAAAAUUGUCUUGUCAGUUAUAGAGAACUGGUACCAAAAAUUGCUGUAAUUAUGGCAGUUUCUGAGAAGCUUACUCAUUAUCUGUGCACCUUGAGAGGGCAAACAGAACUUGAAAACUAUGCAGCAAGUGAUGGAAUUUUGUAUUACAUUUGUAGUCGAUAACAAGACCUAGAAGGCCACAGGUUCCUGUACCCACAUUAGAUGCUUUGGGUGGCUCUUGUUCCUGCCUCGUGUUGCCCAAGAUCUCUGGUUUGCUUGUUUUUUACAAGCAAGCAGUACAUACGUUUUAUUAAAUAAAUAAAUGUAAAUAUAACAACUUUCUGGCUUUUAUGCACUCUUAAAUCUGUUUGGAGAAAUUUGCAAGUAAUUUGAUUUUCGUCCUUUGUUUUGGUUUUAUGUAUUCCUUGUUUGAAGUCAGAAUAAAGAAUGAAUAAUAAUAAAAAUAUUGACAAGCAAACUCCAUAGGCCAUUUACUUCCUUCCCUGAUGCAAGAAGGUGGCAGGUGUUUGGAAUCAUCAGCUUUUGCUUACUCCUUCUUCUCCAGGAUGAAGAAAUGGAAUAUUGCAUUUUGAAUAAAACACCGGACCAUGACAUCUCAGUCACCCGUCUGAUACUGGACUUCACAAAGAAGAUGUAAGAGACGCUUCUCAUAUCUCUCCAUUCUCUCACCCGCCACCCCCAAUUUGGAGCCUGUAGCAGAAAGCAUAGGCUCUGGGAAACAAAAUUACAGCCCAGGGGCCUCAUUCCCUCCUGGGGAACAUUCCAAGGGCCCCAUACCAGUCAUGAGCGGGGCCAGAAAUAAAGGUGGGCAGUGCAACGGCUAUGACAUCAUAUGCAAGGUCCAUCUAGCUUGACAUUGUCUACACUGAUUGGCAGAAGUAUUCCGGGUUUUCAAGCAGUAGGAUGGACAUUCCAGACACUACGUGGAGAUGUUAGGGUUUGAACCUGGGGCCUUCUGCAUACAAGGUAGGUGCUCUGCCCCUAGGUUACAGGCUUUUCUUAUAUAAAUAAAUAAAAUAAACAAUACAAAAAAUGUGCACCCUACCCCAGAGACCAUUAUUUAUCAUAAUUAUCCAAGUUUCCAAAAAUUUAACACUUCUUGAGAUGGUUUGACCCCUUUCUGCUUUAACAAUACAAAUUCCACAAAUGCCUUCCACAUUUCCUCAAAAUAAUUUCUCUUCCAUAUUCCCCUUCUCUGAUAGCACACAUGAAUUUAUCAUUAAUCUCUACGUUCCACACUUUAUGCCAUUCUUCUAUUUGAAAUCUACCUUGCUUGACCAAACUGCGGGAGGCAGUGGAAGACAGGAGUGCCUGGCGUGCUCUGGUCCAUGGGGUCACGAAGAGUCGGACACGACUAAACGACUAAACAACAACAAACCUUGCUUCAGGUGCAGUCUUUACUUCUACAGGGUGAGUCUUUUAAAAGAGGCUCUGUGGAACAUGUGUACUCUGUAUCUAUGAGGCCUCUUUUAAAGGACUCACCCUGUAUAUAAUAGGCUGGUUUCUACACACCCAAGCUUGGCCCUGAAACCCCAGAGAGCCAGUCAUUGUAGACAGUUCUGCCCUAGAUGGACCAGUGUUCUGACUUGGCAUAAGGCAGCAGUUUCCAGGGUUCCAAUGUCAUCUCAUAUAUUUUUUCUACCCAUAUAAAUAUUUUUGUGCUAUUAAAUCAUUCCCUCUUUCUCCCCAGUGUGCAAGUCAAGCCCAAAUCCAAUAUUCCCCAGUUGCCAGAAAUUGUAUUUGAUGACGCUGAUGGGAGUGUGAAUGCGGGAAGCAAGCAGAAUUCAGGUAAGUCUCUCCUACCCGCACUCCUAUGGCUGGCCAUUAAUUUAAUGAACAGCUUCAGUUGCAUGCUCUAUAUCACAGUCCUGUGUUUUAUCAGUAAAAGGUGCAUGUCAGUAGAGUUCACUACCGCAAUGCAACUACUGGUUCCAGUGACUUUAGAAAUGGAUUUGGCCUAGUUGUCUGUCAGUGGCAGUUAGCUGUCCUGGCUGUACAGAACCUGCAGGAGAAAAUGCCAGAAUUAGCCUUCUUGGAUCUCUUUUACUGGGGGAAAUCAAAACUUUUUGCUGACAGGGGUCCAUCUUCGUUCAGCAUCCUUUUCUCGCAGUGGCCAACCCCCUGCCUCUUGCUCUAAGCAGGACCCGAGCUGAGCACCACUUGCCCCAGCAGAAAUGUUACGCCAUGUACUGUAAGAGGAACACAGUGAAGAGUUUUCCUGCAUUUUGUGCUCUGAGUAGAACCAUAAGAAGAGCCUUCUGGGUCAGGCCAAUGACCCAUCUAGUCCAGCAUCCUCUUCUCACACAGUGGCUAAUCACUGGGAGACCUAUAUGGGAGAACCACAAGCAGGACUCAAGCAACUGGUACACAGGAACAUUGCUGUCUCCAGUUACAGAAGCAGGGCAUAGCCAUCAUAGCUGGUAGCAUGAGAGCACUGAGCACAUAGGACUGAUAGUCUCAGUAGUGCAGACCACCAUGUAAAUGACCAAGGUCCCUGUUCUCACUCUUGUGUGUUUUAUUCUUCUAGAUCCUAAGCAACCACAAUCCAAGCAAAACGUGACAGAACUCCAGGUAAGAGAGUGUUGCCUUAUUUUGAAUAUUAUUAUUAUUAUUAUUAUAUAGAAUAUGUAGCAACCAGGAACAGAAUGGACAUACACAAAACAGAAAAAUGUAAGAACAAGUACACCAUCCAAAGAAUGUGAAGAGCAUAAGGGAAAAGGGGAGAGCCAAAUACUGAAAUUAUCAUCUAAAAAGAGUCAUAGGGUAAUAGAACUGUGAAGCUGGAAGGGAUCCCCCAAGAGUCAUCUAUUCCAACUCCCUGCAAUGCAGGAAUCACAGCUAAAGAAUCCCUGACAGAUGGAGCUCAACAUCCGUUUGAAAACCCUCCAGUGAAGGAGAGUUCAGCACCUUUUGCGCAGCCAGUACAGGGAUGAAUCACAGAAUCGUAGAGUUGAAGGAGAGUUUGAACCUAGCGACAAACACAGGUUUGCCAUCCCUGGCAUUGCACAGUUCUGGGGAUGGUCAGAACUUUAAUGCUGUUGCGCUGUGUAACAUGCCCUUUAUAUGACUGCUGUUCACAAGGCAGGAGCAGCAGGGCCUUUUUUGUGUCUCCCCCCCCCAUGUAAUGCCCUCCCUAGCGAGGUGUGUCUGCCUCUCUGUCAAUAUUCAGUUUCAGGAGGGGUUUGAAAACAGCUCUGUUUACCCAAACUGAGGAACCCUGUUCCUGGCAACCUUGAGGAUGGAAGAAUCUUUUUAGCUGUAACUUCUUUUAGAAAGUUUUUAACUAACUCCCUUUUCAAUGUUUUUGAUUGUAAUUGUUUUUAGAAUGUUUUGAUCUGCUUUUGCUUGUUUUUGAUUUUAAAUUGUGUGCCUCUUUACCACCCUGGGCUCCUUGGGGAGGAAGGGUGAAAUACAAAUUCAGUUAACAACAACUUUUUGCAUAUCUUAAGGCUGCUCAGAUGCGGGUGGUUUUGCAGUUAGCAUUUUCUUUGACGAAUUCAACCUGUUCCUAGUGAAUUGGCAAUAGCUUGACUUUGUCUCAAUUGCUUCUUGAUCCAGUUGCCGCCAGAGAAGACACAUCCCAUCCAGAGCAAAGAUGGUCACUAUUCAUUCCAGGUCAGUGCUCCUGAAACAUAAGUCGGGUGUGUGAGUGUUUGCUUUGCUGGAAGUUGCCUAAAAUACCACUUUCUCAUCUUAAACUUGAACAGUCACCAAAAUCUGCUUCAAAAGCCUUUCUUGGGGCCCAGAAAUCCGAGAUUUUGGAAAUGCUUCAUUUUUGCCGUUAAUGACAUUACAGUUCUUUGUAUCUUUAUUGUUAUGAAUUACAUGGGGGUUGCUUGAUUUUGGUGUCCACUCGUUGAAAUGUUUUCAUUUAUUGUUUAUGACUUUUUAAAAAAUGGUUACAUUUUUGUGAUUGUUAAGGUGAAUUAUUCAACUUCUUCAGUGUGCUAAGCUGCCAUUAGUAUUGUUUUAACUGUGGAAAGGUGGUGUACAGAUCAGUGAUGGUGAGAAAUGGACAGGAAGCCAGUGCCAUUGGUGCAUAAUCAGUGUUCCAUAUUCCAUCUCUCUGGAUUCCACCAACACCUAGGCUGCCUCCUUUUUCUCUCUCCCCCACUGAUUAAAGUUUCCAAACCAUCUUCAGAGUCAGCCAUAAUUUCUUUUACAAUAAUCUCUUUCUUAAAAGCCUGGUCCUUCUGUUUCGAUAGCAUCACUUGGGAGAGCAGUCAUAGAUUUGUAACUCAGUUUUGUAAACUGCUUGGAAGCCUCUCUCUUGGUCAGAAGCAGUAUAAAAAUUAAUAAUGCUGAGCUGAAAGCAAGAAGUUGGUUUUAGAGUUGGGGCUAUUUAUUAUUUAUUAUUUAUUUGGGGCAUUUGUACCCCAUUCCUCAGCCAAAAAGCCUCCCAGUGUGGCUUACAUACAAUCAGUGCCCACAGGCUUACAAUUGGAGGAUGGAUGGAGGAUGGAUGGAUGGCGGCUAACAGAUUGGGGUUGAAUCCUGACAAGACAGAAGUACUGUUUCUGGGGGACAGGGGGUGGGCGGGUGUGGGGGAUUCCCUGGUCCUGAAUAGGGUAACUGUGCCCCUGAAGGACCAGGUGCACAGCCUGGGAGUCAUUUUGGAAUCACAGCUGUCCAUGGAGGCACAGGUUAAUUCUGUGUCCAGGGCACCUGUCUACCAGCUCCACCUGGUACGCAGGCUAAGACCCCACUUGCCCGCAGACUGUCUUGCCAGAGUGGUGCAUGCUCUAGUUAUCUCUCGCUUGGACUACUGCAACGCUCUCUACGUGGGGCUACCUUUGAAGGUGACCCGAAAACUGCAAUUAAUCCAGAAUGCGGCAGCUAGACUGGUGACUGGGAGUGGCCGCCGGGACCACAUAACACCGGUUCUGAGAGAUCUGCAUUGGCUCCCAGUACGUUUCCGAGCACAAUUCAAAGUGUUUGUGCUGACCUUUAAAGCCCUAAACGGCCUCGGUCCUGUAUACCUGAAGGAGCGUCUCCACCCCCAUCGUUUAGCCUGGACACUGAGAUCCAACGCCGAGGGCCUUCUGGCGGUUCCCUCAUUGCGAGAAGUAAGGUUACAGGGAACCAGACAGAGGGCCUUUUCGGUAGUGGCGCCUGCCCUGUGGAACGCCCUCCCAGCAGAUGUCAAGGCAAUAAACAACUAUUUUACUUUUAAAAGACAACUGAAGGCAGCCCUCUUUAGGAAAGUUUUUAAUGUCUGAUGCUGUACUGUUUUUAAUAUUCAGUUGGAAGCCGCCCAGAGUGGCUGGGGAAACCCAGCCAGAUGGGCGGGGUAUAAAUAAUAAAUUAUUAUUAUUAUUAUUAUUUAUUAUCUGGAAACAAAACCAUAACACAAAAGGGAAAAGGAAUAGGGAGAGCAGAGGAAAAAAUCAAACUCAGGCACCAAUUCUUAAACAAUUGUUUACCUUAGCUGGACUACUUUAAAGUGGAAUGACUCGUGAACAUUUGUGCAGAUUGUUGACAUUUCCUUUCUUCUUCUCAGUUCUCCUUCAACAUCAGCUCAGAAAACCAAGAAGGCCUCUACAGUCUGUAUUUUCACAAAUGUGUCCCGAAGAAUGAGCAGCUCCUCUUCACUCUUGAUGUGAGUUGGACUUUAGUUUGCUUUUUUUGCUUUGAACCUAGACACCUCACCCACCCAGCUCCCUCCUGGUGUUCUGGACUGCUUUGGGAGAGUGUGAGAAGGACAUCCAAAAUAUUUAUUGGCUAGGAAUGCCCCAUGGUAUCUCAGGUGCACCAUCUAAAUUGGCAGCAGUUGGUGUACAUUGGAACUGGUGGGGUGGAAGGCAGGGAGCUACAGCCAGUGACGUGCCCAGCCAGAGUUGGUGGUUGGUGGAGCCAGAACCAUACCAGGCGGAGCCAACUGAUUCUGGUCUUAUUCUCCUCCUCCUCCCCCCUCCUGAGUUCUACAAGGGGCAAAACAGACUAAGGAGGAGGAGAAAACGGACGACUAGGGUCACCCUCUGGACUGGUUCUAAUCAAAAAGGCAGGCAGGUGGGGGCUGGCUGGGAGCAGACAGUGUUUGGUGGGGCAGUAGACAGUUCACCCAAAUGGAGCAACCUCUGCUGAUCUGAAUUCUCCAUGCUGAAACCUCCUUUUCAAUUUUCCUAAUUUCCUGGCUUGAACCUCUUUUUAAAACUGCUUUAAUUGCUACACGGUUUUUUCCUUUUACAUUUGUCUUGUUUUAUUGCAUGUUUUAAUUGUUGGUGCUUAUUUUGAUUUUAUUUUUUGAAUAACUUUUUAUUGGGUUUUAUAAACAGGAAUCAUAGGAAAAAAUAAAUGAUAGAAAUAAACAGACCAAAUCUUCUCAUGUCAUUUGUACAUGACAAACAUAGCAUAGUAAAUUCGCAGUAAUAUCUACAACACGUGGUUCAUCACUAGUGGUCAACAUCUAGGUUAUUGAUUCUUGAAUUGGCUUAAAGAAAAAUGAUGGGAAAACAGGAUUGAACAGAGAUAACAAUUAACAUUGUAUAGCGUGAAUGUUUAUUUUCAUCAAAUGUGCCAGUUUUUUAAAUAAUGAGUUUUAUGCUUGCAAGUGGCUUAGAUGCAGCUUUGGCAGUUGAGUAGUUUAUACACAUUCAAUAAAUGACGAUGCUAAUAGUGCAAUGCUUUGUCUGCUUGCAGAUUGAGAUUAUGGAGAAGAAUCCAAGCAGCUACCUCUCAGCAGGAGAGAUCCCUCUCCCUAAGCUGUACAUCUCCAUGGCCCUCUUCUUCUUCAUCUUUGGAGCCGUGUGGAUCCACACUCUUCGGAAACGCAGGUAAAGUGGGGAUCCUCAGCAAAGCAGCCACUCAUUCAUAGAGAGCCAAAUUUCUGCAAUCAAAUAGAUAAAUGCAAACAUAAAAGCCAUCAGUUUAAAAGAGUAUACAGUGGUACCCCGGGUUACAUAUGCUUCAGGUUACAGACGCUUCAGGUUACAGACUUCGCUAACCCAGAAAUAGUACCUCGGGUUAAGAACUUUGCUUCAGGAUGAGAACAGAAAUCGUGCUCCGGCAGCGUGGCAGCAGCAGGAGGCCCCAUUAGCUAAAGUGGUGCUUCAGGUUAAGAACAGUUUCAGGUUAAGAGGAGACCUCCAGAACAAAUUGAGUACCGUAUUUUUCGUCCCAUAGGACGCUCCGUCCCAUAGGACGCACCUAGUUUUUUUGGGGGGAAAUAAAGGAAAAAAAUAUUUUCCUUUAUUUCUCCCCCAAAACCAGGUCGGGGAACAGCGGGAUGGCGGCGCUGCGCCUCCCCGCUGUCCCCCGAGCUUGUGGGGCUGGCCGAUGUCUGCCCAGCGGGAGGGGCGCUCUGCGUCAGGGCAUGCCGGGCGGCAGGCUGCUAUCCGCAGCGUGGGAGCCCUGCGGAAACGCCUGCUGGGCUCCCCACGCUGCGGAUGUGUGCCCGGCGCGCAGGGCGCUCUGCUUCAGGGCGCGCCGGGCGGCAGGCUGCGGAUGUCUGCCCGGCGGGAGGGGCGCUCUGCUUCAGGGCGCCCUGCACGCCGGGCGACAGGCUGCUAUCCGCAGCGUGGGGACCCCUGCGGGAACUCCCACAGGGCUGCCUAGGCUGCGGAUGUGUUCCUGAAGUGCCGGACGCUCUGCUUUCAGUGCGCCCGGCGCUCCGGGAAACAGGCUGCUAUCCGCAGCCUAGACAGCCCUGCGGGAACUCCCGCAGGGCUGCCUAGGCUGCGGAUGUCUUCCUGAAGCCUGGAGAGCGAGAGAGGUCGGUGCGCACCGACCCCACUCGCUCUCCAGGCUUCAGCAAAAGCCUGCAUUCGCCCCAAAGGAAGCACCCAGAUUUCCCCUUCAUUUUUGGAGGGGGAAAGUGCAUCCUAUGGGGCGAAAAAUACGGUACUUAACCCAAGGUACCACUGCAUAUACUCUUGACUCCACAAGGCAUAGUUUUCAAGAGUUGGUGCUCAGAUGUGAGAUCUGUUUCAUACAUCUUAGAUAUAUGUCAAUCAAGUCAACGUAUCCCUCUGAAAUCCAGGGUCGGGGUUGAUGUGUGCAAGACUUGGCCACCAGUCCCCUGUAAAGGCCUCCUGUUCUGUCUCGCCCCUAGCAAGCCUGCAUUGCUGUGUAAGAGGCUAAGGCUAACACUGUGCACUAACCCUGAUAGCUAUGCUCUGCCUCCAUGGUUGGAGGCAGUAAUGCUUCAGAAUAGCAAUUGCUGGAAUUCACAGAUGUGCAGGAUGCUGUUGUGCUCAGGCCCUGCUUGCAGGUUUUGCAUGGGCUCCUGGGUGGCCGCUGUGAGAACAGGAUGCUGGACUAGAUGGGCUGCUAGCGUGUUCCAGCAGGGCUGUUUUGCACUCUUUUAUUUAUUAUUAUUAUUUAUUAAAUUAAAUUAUUAAAUUUUUAUGCCACCCUAUGCCCUCAGGUCUCAGGGCUUCUCAGCAAGCAUCAGUUUCCACAUGCCCACCUCCCCAAAGAGAUCCUUCCUCACUCUUCCAGAAAUUGGCUGUUUCCAUGUGGGUAGCCGUACCAAGAUAGGUUUUCAAACUGUCGUAAAUAAGUGCCUUACUUUGGUCCUGAAAGAGAGAGAGAAUCAAAACUGUCUUGCGUACAUUAUUAUUUCCUGCUGCGCAUACCUGUGACUAUAAAUAUUCAUUGCCAGGAAAGGGUAACAGUAUUUUAAUAAAAAGCAGUAGAUGUCAGUGGGCUCUGUUGCUACAGUAUUUUGAUUCAAACUCGCCUUUUUUAUUAUAGAUAUUAUUAUUAUUAUUAUUAUUAUUAUUAUUAUUUGCUGUCAGGAGAGUGUCAGCAGGACUAUUCUCUUCUGACUUUCCCUCUUGUCUUUGUUUCAGGGCUGAUGUGUUCAAGAUCCACUGGCUAAUGGCUGCUCUUCCUUUCACCAAGUCACUCUCAUUAGUCUUCCAUGCAGUAAGUAACCACUGUUUUUUUAGUUGCAACUAGCAAAGAAAAAAAACUGUCUUAAAUGAAACUGAUGAUUAUGAGCUGUGCGUUCAAAUGUAGAAAAGGCAGUGAGAUCUUCAAAUCAUUGGGUGAUAUAUUUAUUUAUUUAACAAGGUUCAUAUACUGCUUGAUUAUUGGCUGGCUGCACACUUUUGACAUCACUCCUGCCCUUUCCCCCUCCAGAUUGAUUACCACUACAUCUCCUCUCAAGGUUUUCCCAUCGAAGGCUGGGCUGUCGUCUACUACAUCACUCACCUGUAAGUAUGUGGAUCAUGAUGCUGUCCGCCAUGUGGUUUGCCACCUCCACAGAGGCUGGCCAGGGGAGUGUGUGGGUCCUCUCCUCCUUAGAUGAUUGGUCAUGGGGAGCACCGAGUUGGUCCUGCUUGAUGUCUGUAACCAUUGUUGUAGGUGCAAGAAUAGUUAUUUUGUCACCUCCAUCUGUAUUGGCUGUAUUGGGAACGUUUGGCCCUCCAGAUGUUCCUGAACUGUAUCUCUCAACAGCCCCAGCAACAGUGUUGGCCAGGGAUGAUGGGAAUUGUAGUCCAAAAAUGUGUGGAGAGCCAAAGCCACCUGCUCUUUAUACACUCAUAAUAUUGUUUCUGAUUACCUUAUUAUGUUUUAUAUUCUGCGGUUGCUGCCAAUGCUAGUGUAACUCAGAUUAGACCCAUUAGAAUUAAGGGGCCGAAGUUGGUCACAUUCAAUAAUUUCAGUGCACCUACUCUGAGUAAGACCAGCACUGGACACAACCCCAUUUCUGUAACCCUUAAGCAGAUGUGGUUGGUGUUCUCCUGUGCUUCUGAUAUGUGCCUUUGUGUUCAUUUUGCUAGUUAAUUGAUUAAUUUUCCUAAAUUGCUUUCUCCUGUUGAGAUGGCUUGGAGUGUAAGCACAGAAAUUAAAUAACAUGUUUUUGAAAUCCCUAGUGACAUUUACAUAAAGAUUGAUCAGUUUCUCUGUAGAGCACUAUCAACAUCACAUGGGCAUGGUUUUUUCUUCUUGGUUUUCAUGCAUGUAGCUUCUGAAACAGUUGUUCAAGGAAGCAUUUACUCCCCCUGCUGAUGCCAAUUUAACUUAAUUUAUUUUUUCACCAGGUUGAAGGGGGCUCUGCUCUUCAUCACCAUUGCUCUCAUUGGCACAGGCUGGGCAUUCAUUAAGCACAUCCUUUCUGACAAGGACAAGAAGAUCUUCAUGAUUGUCAUUCCACUCCAGGUGAGGUCUUGACCACCUCUGCAGGGGUGUGCUGUGUUGCACUUAUGAACUAAGAACUUCUGAGUUCUUCGAACACCCUUUAUGAGCUUAUGAAGUCAUCAUUGACCCCCAACCCAGAUUCUUAGGAAUGUUACAUGAAACAAAGGCAAGAAUAAUAAAAUCUUAGAGUUGGAUGGGACCCCAAUGGUUGCCUAGUCCGACCCCCUGCAGUGCAGAAGUCUCAAAUACAUCAUACAUGACAGGUGGCCAUCCAACCUCUGCUUAAAAACCUCCAAGGAAGGGAAGCCCACCACCUCCAGAGGGAGCCUGCCCCACUGUGUACCAGCUCUUUCUGUCAGAAAGUUCUUCCUGAUGUUUAGUCAGAAUCUCCUUACUUGUAAGUCGAAUUCAUUGGUACGGGUCCUACCCUCCAGAGCAGGAGAAAACAAGCUUGCUCCAUCUUCCAUGUGACCACCCUUUUGAUAUUUGAAGAUGGCCAUCAUAUCUCCUUUCAGUCUCCUCUUUUCCAGGCUAAACACACCCAAGUCCUUCAGCUGUUCUUCAUAAGGCUUGGGUUUCCAGAUGCUCAGGUGACUGAUGUCUUGCUUACUGCCCUUCUAACCAGGUCCUGGCCAACGUAGCCUACAUCAUCAUUGAGUCAACAGAAGAAGGCACAACGGAGUAUGGUCUCUGGAAAGAGAUCCUUUUCCUGGUCGACUUGCUCUGCUGCGGGGCCAUCCUCUUCCCAGUUGUAUGGUGAGUACCAGCGAGGGCAACUAUUUGUGAGUGUGAUGUGAAGUUCGUCUCUUUCUCCCUCUACCUUCCCUGUCCCUUUUUGCUUUUGUGCCAUGGCCUUUAGAUUGUAAGCCUGCAGGCAGGGACUGUCUUGUAUGAAUUGAUGCCAUGUUAAACCUCUCUGGGAAUCUUUGGGGCUCAAGAAGAGCAGGGUACAAAUGCUUUAAAUAAGUAAUACUUACUCCACCCACCAUCUUGUUUUUACUCUGCCUUGAUAACUGUCUCUAAUUCCUUUGAUACCAAAUGGAUUAAGCCUAAUACGUUAAAAGAUUCUUUCUCUGUGUGUGUUUUGUUUCAAAACUGCCUUUGUCUGUCUUGCAUGCCUGGCUGGUCCAGGGAAUGUAGCAGCAAGUUUUCCUAGCCAGCAGAGGAUGCUCCUCACUUGCAUAAAGCCCAUUGCAGUCUGUGUGCCUCCUUCUGGUGGGUUGGUGGUGCCAUUUUUGUCUUUUCUGAGCAUCUAUUGACUUGAACUCAUAAGAUGGUGUCUCCUUACCAAUUCACCUUAAUUCUCUCUUCUAGGUCAAUAAGACAUUUGCAGGAGGCUUCUGCAACAGAUGGGAAGGGUAAGCUGUUCAUUACCAUUGAGCUCCUACUCCCCAUAAAACUAUUGUGGGGAGCGAAGCUACACAAGUCCAGUCCCUUCCUGCCCCCACCUCAUGCUGGCAUUUUGUUGAUCCUUUUUAAGGGCAUUCAGAUUUUCUCACUGUGGAGUGAGACUUCAAACCUAUUAAUUGUAUCCAGCAAAAUCAGUAGUUCCCAGCUUUUCAAAAUCUGAUAGUCAUUUACACCUUCAACACCCCCUUGCUGCUCCCUUGCCUCUUAGGUAAUCCCACUGCCCAGGUGGCAGUGCAGCCCACUUUGAGAACCACCGAACUAGAGAGAAAGGGGACAUGCCUCUCAAGACUGUGUUUGCCAUCUUUAGCUUCUAUCGUUACUUCUGUUAUCUGUUUUAUUUUUUAAGAUUUAUUAGGAAGCCUGUGUUAACUGAUGCAACAUUCAGACAUAUGAAGCUGCCUAUGUCAAGACAGCCCCUUGGUCUCUUUAGCUCAGGAUUACCUCUUCUGACCAGCAGCUGCUUUCUCAGGCUGAGAGAGCCCUUCCCAUUCCUGUAACUAGAGCCAUUAUUAUUAUUCUCAUCAUUAUUUUAUUUAUUAAACGGAGAUACCAGGAACUCAGCGUGGGACCUGAAGACUCAGAUGAAGCCUUCCUAGAGCAGAUUACCAAACAUUCAAAAAGGAGAGCUAUAGUGGUUAUGGAAGACUUCAACUUCCCUGAUAACCUAUUGGAACUCACUCUGCCAAGAACAUAAGGUCCAACUAAUUCCUCCAUUGCCUUGCUGACAAUUUAAUUUCCCAGAAGGUGGAAGAAGUAUCAACGGGAUCAUCUAUCUUGGACCUGGACCUCAUCAGCAGGGAGAAAUUAAUUGACAAAGUGGAAGUACUGGGAAACUUGGGAGGAAGUGAUCAUGACCUCCUGGGUUUCAUGAUUACAGAGGCAAGGGAAAACUCUGUGUAAUUGGACAUGCCCUCUGGACAUUAAGAAGGCUGAUUUCAAAAGCUUAAGGAGCUAGCUACUGAAUGAGAUCCCAUGGUCAGAAAUACUCAAAGAGAAGGGAGUCCAAGAUGGAUGGGAGUUUCUUAAAGGUGAAAUAAUGAAGGCACAAAUGCAGACAAUUCCAACAAGAAAAAAAAGUGGGAGGCAUCUAAAGAAACCAGUGUGGCUGCAUAAGGAGCUUCCAGAUGAGCUGAGAUUUAAGAAGGGCAUGUGCAAGAAAUGGAAGAACAGGGAAUUCAUGGAGGAGGAGUAUACAGGAGUAGCCAGUAGUUGCAGGGAAAAGGUCAGAUGGGCCAAAGCUCAGAAUGAGCUCAGGCUUGCAAGAGAGCUUAAGAGUAAUAAAAAGGUGUAUUUGGCUAUGUUUAAAGCAAGAAGAAUAAGCAAAUAGUAGGUCCUCUGCGUGGUGAAGAUGGAGAAAUGCAAUUGGGUGACAGGCAGAACUGCUCCGUGCCUGCAUUGCUUCUGUCUUCACCCAAAAGCAAUAGUGUCCAACCUUAUGAUAACAGAAAAAGGAAUGUAAAGAUGGAGCUGCAGCCCAAGGUAGGAAAAGAGGUGUUAAGGGAACACUUGGCUCAAAUGUGCAAGGCCUAUACCCAAGGGUACUAAAGGAACUUGCAGAUGUACUCUCAGAGCCUCUGUCUAUAAUAUUUCAGAAUUCUUGGAAACCAGGUGAAGACCUAGAGGACUAGAGGUGAGCAAAUGUCCCAAACUUCAAAAAAAGGGAAGGAGACCCAUGUAGCUACCUACCAGUGAGCUUGACAUUGAUACCAGGAAAUGUCAUAGAACAUAUAAUUCAACAGUCAGUCUGUGAGCACUUAGAAAAAGAUGUUGUGAUUACUAAGACCCAGCAUGGGUUUCUCAAAAAUAAGCCAUGCCGGAUGAAUCAUAUUUCUUUUGUUAUAGAGUUACAAGCUUGGUGGAUCAGGGGUAUGCUGUGGGUGUAGUGUAUCUUGAUUUCAGUAAGGCUUUUGACAAAGUGCUCCAUGAUAUUCUUGUUGACAAGCUGGUAAACUGUGGGCUGGGUGAGGUAACUGUUAGGUGGAUUUGUAGCUGGUUGACUGACUGAAUCCAAAGAGUGUUCACUAAGGAUUCCUCAUCGUCCUGGACAAAAGUGUCUUGGAUGAAGGAAUUGAGGGGAUGCUCAUCCAAUUUGCAGAUGACACCAAGCUGGGAGAGGUAGCUAAUGCCGCAGAAGACAGCAUUGGGAUUCAAGAUGACCUUAACAGAUUGGAGAACUGAGCCCAGACUAACAAAACGAAUUUCAAUAGGGACAAAUGAAAGGUUUUGCACUUUGGCAAGAAGAACCAGCUGCACCAAAUAUAAGAUGGGGAACACCUGGCUUACUAGUAGUACAUUUGAAAAGGAUCUAUUGUCCAGAUCAAAGGAAGUAAUAGUACCGUUCUAUUCUGCCUUCAUCGGACCACACCUGGAGUACUAUGUACAGUUCUGGGCACCAUAAUUUAAGAAAGCUAUUGACAAGCUGGAACGUGUGCAGAGAAGGCAAACAAAGAUGAUCAAGGGUGCGGAAACCAACCCUUAUGAGGAAUGAUUAAGGGAGUUGGGUAUGUUUAACAUGGAUAAGAGGUGACUAAGAAGAGAUAUGGUAGCCAUCUCAAAUAUCCAAAGGGCUGUCACAUGGAAGAUGGAGCAAGUUUGUUUUCUCCUGCUCUGGAGGUUAGAACCAAACCAAUGGCUUCAAGGUACAGGAAAGGAGAUUUUUAAAACAUUAGGAUGAAAUUUCUGGCGGUAACAGCUGUUGGAAAUGGGAAUGGCUCCCUCAGAAGAUGGUAGACCCUCAUUCCUUGGAGGUUUUUAAGCAGAGGUUGGGUGGUCAUCUGUCUUGGGUGCUUUAGUUGAGAUUCUUGCAUUGCAGGGGUUUGGACUAGAUGACCCUUGACAUCCUUUCCAGCUCUAGGAUUCUAUAAAUCUGUGAUCUGUGACCUUCGUGCAAACGCACUGCUAUCACUUUUACUCUGCGUUUCUCCCCCAACUCUCCACUUAAAAAUAUAUAUAUAUGCAUAUUUAAUGUCUUGUGAGCCCAUGCUAGAGCCCGUUAUACUAGACUGCUUGAUGCAUUUUAUUUAAGAAGUAAAAUCCCUGUGCAGAUUUUUAGGAAAGGCUCUGCGCAAAAUUGAUCACAUAAACUUAUAUGUUCUUGGUUCAAGGGUGGAUAGGUCUGCCGGUGAAAUAUUUGGCCAGUCAAAUGUGCACCCACGGUCGAUGCUGGCGAAAGAGGGAGAGAGAGAUGGGCGUCUGCAUCCAGAGUUGUCUGGUGGUUGAUUUACGGUGUACCUUUCCUGCAUUGAAGCUGGCAGCCUGGAGGGCUUUUGCUUUAAAUUAUUAAAAAAUAUUUAUAGCCUGCCAUUUUGUGCAAGUGCAUCUCCCAAGGCGGCUUGCCAGGAGCCCAGCAGAUAAUGAAAUAAUAAAAGAUGUAGUAAAUGAAUGUGGCGAUAAGGUGGGGGGAGAGAGAGUGCAAAUGGUACCAGCAGCAGCAAGCAAGAAUUCCUAAUGCAGCAGUUUGGAGGGCCUCAGUUAUCCUUUGGAAUCAAAUCACGCUAGUAGGCUGGUGGAAGGAAGGCCACAAAGAGGAGCAGUCUAGGCUUCCCUUGGGGUGAUUUCAUAGGGAAAAGGUGCCCGCCCCAGGUAUUCUGCUUCUCCCUUUUCAUAUUUCAGUGAAGGAAACGGAGGUCAAACUUAAUAAAUAAACAUGAAGGUAAGUUGGUUGAUUCUAUUCCUACAUCCAUAGCUCGGUGGCAUCUCCAGGCAGGGCCAGGGAAAGACCCCCUGCCUGAAAGCAGCUGCCAGUCAGUGAGCACACUACUGAGCUAGAUGGGCUCCAAUGUUCUGAUUCUGUUUAUGCAGCUUUCUAUGUUCCUAUUUAUUCAGAACUGAUGAGGACUAGAAUCUUGCUUUGUUUUUAGCUGAAGGGCUGUUGUUCAGCAGAGCGCAUCUGCCUUGCAUUGAGAAGGUCCAAAGGUUCAGUCCCUGGCAUCUCUGGGUAGGGCUGGAAGAGCAGCUGCCAGUCAGUGUAGACACCACUGAGCUAGAUGAGCCCAGUGGUCUGACUUGGCAGCUUCCUUUGUUCAUAACUGGCAGGCAUAUUCUGGAAAAUGCCUGCUCUUGCCAGUUUAAGCUGAGGCUGCCCAUCUUCAGUGACAUCCGGACAUUCUCCCUUCCUGUUGACUUCUUUCAGCGUUGUAAAAAUAGUCUGCUAGGCACUGUGAGAGGUGUUUGCAUGUAAGAGAACACCUACUCUGGUUUCUCAAACUCUGUGCUUCCCUUGCUCAGCGCCACUGGGCACAUUGCAAGGGCAAGCAAUAAAAUUAGAGGAAAAGGCUGGGAAAGAGAAAUGGAAGGAGCCCAGUAAAAGAUGAUGCUGGGGCGCAGGAGGGGAAAGUGUCUGUCAAGGUGACUUAUUUGAAUUGAAGGAAGCUCUCUGUGUGGCAGGUAAAGGGAGCACUUGCCUCUCCUCAAAUAGGAUAUUGCAAUAGUUGGAAAGGGUUCAGAAAAGGGCAACCAAAAUAGUGGGUAUGGGGUGACUUAACUGUAGGGAAAGCUUCCAGCAUUUGGGACGUUACUUUAGAUAAAAGGCAAGUACGAAACAACAUGAUAAAAGCUUAUAAAAUGAUGUGCAGCAUGGAGAAAGUGCUAGAACUUGUGGACACCUUAUGAAUCUGAAUGUUGGAAGGUUCAGGACAGAUGAAAGAAGGGGCUUAUUCACACAGAAGCAUAGUUAAACUGUGGAACUCCCUCCCUCAGUAGGCAGGGAUGGCCACCAACAUGGCUGGCCUUAGACGGGGAUUUAACAGAGGGCUUUCAAUGGCUACCAGCCACAUGCUAUGCUUUGCCUCAAAUUUGGAGGCUACAAUGCUUCUGAAAAUCAGCCGCUGGGAAACGCAGAAGGAGGGGAGCUUGCUCUUGUGGUUGAAUCCUAUAUGUGAGUUUCCCACAAGCAUCUGUGAGACCAGAAUGCUGGACUAGAUUGGCCAUCGGUCUUUUCCAGCAGGCUUUUCUUAUAUUCUUAAAACUCUUUUCUCCAGCCACGCUUGUCUGCGUGGUCUUCAAUGCUCCAAUAAUCCCAAAGAGAGGGCACAGUGGGAGGAGCUAAUUUCUUGUGUCAUUUAGAAAAGCCUCUGUUCCUGCUUCCCUGGAGACAAUCAGCACUUGCCAUAGGUGAGCAUGCAAGUGGGUCUUGGACAAGCCCACUAGGACCUGUUUAAUCAGGACAAUGCAAGCCGCCUGUCUGCAGGAGGUAUUCAGAUGCAUACUUCUUGCAACACUGAAAUUAGAACAAGUAGGAGCUACUUCUGCAGGGGAACAUAAGUCAUUAAAAAACCCCAACCUUUGAAAUGGCAGGCAAGUUCUUUAGCUAUCAUCUCCUCACCUUGCGCUUUUUUAAGCAUACCAAAUGAAUCACAAUCCAUUAUGUUCCCAAAAUAAGAGGCUAAAGGCAAUUGGGCUGGUAGCUUUGAGUCAUAAAUGGACUCUGUGAUUUUCUCUCACCCACCCCUCUGGCCUGCUGCUGUCUCUUUUCCUUUAUGCUUAAAAGUUUGGAAGAAGAGGGUGGGUAGAGAGAGAAAACCCAUCCCCCUUCAGUCAGUUCACCACUAAUUGGGAGGCUAGGUGGGAAUGGAAAAAAGAAACGACAGAAAAAUGCAGAAUAACCGCACGGUAUACAGUUCCACUCUUCUCCCCAUGACCCUCUAUAUUUAAUCCAGCUCUCUCUCUCUUGCUUUAGAAUAAAUGUUUUUCUCCUAACAUUUUAACUGAAUAGCUAAAAACAAUGAAUAAAAAUAUAGUUUCUCGCUCCAGAAUUUUUCUUCAGUGCCAGCACUGCAAAUCAAAGCUCCUGAUUACAACAAUUUUUUACUUACUACCUAUGCUUCACCCUAGCAUCUCAGGAGUGGGUCACAAUUUAAAAUAUAGCAUUAAAAAAAUGUUUAAAACAAAUGACCAUUUAUUUAUUUAUUUGUCAAUCCAGCAUCUACAUCUUGGAACUCCCUGCCUGUUGAUUUCAGGCAGGUGCCUUGGAAUCAAGCAGUGCAUACAUUUUAUGAAAUAAAACUAUUUUAUUCAUUUUGUAAGACUUAUACACUGCUGGAUUAUUUUGGGGGGAAAAUGCAAACCCCCCCAAAGCAUUUGUUGCUCCACCCACUUUUACUGUUGGCCCCACCCAUCGUUGGCGUGUGACCCUCAGAAACUUAGACUGGAAGGGGAUGUGACCCUUGGGCUGAAAAAAAAACCCCUCUGUCUCUGAUGCAGAGAGGCUUCUUUUUUGUCUCUGAAAAUAAUGACAAAUGAAAAUCUCUCUCUCUUUGCGCAGUGCCGGGCAAGACCCGUGCGGUGUAAAUUAUCCCCUUUUCACAGUUGUUCUGCAGGAGAGUUCUUGACUGCUUUGUAAGCAAAUUGCAUGGCGGUUCCUGUUAGGCUGGUGCCCCCUUUGCCCUCGGCAAGGUCAGGGGAACAACAGGAGCCCACACUCCUCAUGCCCUCAAGCCAAGUGUGACAGCUGCACCAUCUGCCAUUGAUUGCUGUUCCUGGCUGUGCCGAUAAGAAGAGCCAUGUCCUGGGUGGGGAAGAUCUCUCCCUAGCCUUUCCAGUCAACCAGCGCCGUGGCUCUGGGCUCCCUCGUCAUAAUGCUCAUUGACUAACCUGCGAGGAUGUGUCAUGGGAACCAUGUUGCUCCUUAUGAUUGAGUGUGGCUCUGUCCCAUUAUGACCACAGCACGACUUACCGGAAUGAACCUUAGCUGCUGCUGGUGUGGGGUCUGUCGUCUUCAUUUGACAGAUCGAAGUGAACUCAGACAGCUUUAAGAGAGGAUCAGGCAAAUUCAUGAAGGAUAAAGCUGGGUACGGCUGCAAGCUGUGAUGGAUGUGUGCUACCUCCACUGCCGGAGGCACUUAUGUCCUGCUUGUGAGCUCCCCAUAAUAGGCAUCUGCUUGGCCCCUCUGAGAACAGGAUGCUGGACUUGAUGGGUCUGUGGCCUGAUCCAGCAGUGCUCUCACAUCCUACAUCCAGAGGCCGUUAAGCCUCUGAAUACCAGUUUCUGGGAAUAAGAACGGGGGAGUGCUGGCAUGUUCAGGUUCAGCUUGUGGGCUUCCCUAAGUGCCUGUGGAAAACGCUGAAGCAGAACCUGAGCACAGGAGCCCUCUAUCCUCCUGCGGUUUCCAGCAGCUGAUAUUCAGAAGUGUUACGGCAGAGCAUAGCUAUCAUGGCUAGUAGCUGUUGAUAAAAUUCUCCAUGAAUUUGCCCAGUGCUCUUCUAAAGCCUUCCUAGUUGUUGGCCCUCACUGCCUCCUGUGGGAGUGAGUUCCAUAGGUCAACUAUGCACCGCAUGAGGGAACCCUUUCCUUUUAUCUGUCCUGGACCUUCUAACAUUCACUCUCUUAGGAUGUCUGUGACUCCCAUUGUUAACGAGAGGAAGGGGGAGAGGGAGAGAGAAAGAGGGGGAUGGGACAUUUCUUUGUCCAGUGUCUCUAUGGCACGCAUUGUUUUAUAGACUAUCAAAUUGUCUCUUGCUUGCCUUUUCUCUAAAGUAAAAAGUCUCAAACACUGCAGUGUUUCCUCAUAAGAGAGUUGCUCCAUCCUUAUGACCAUUUUGGUUUGUCCCCAGUGAACAUAAAAUGCAGGACCAGUCAGUGUCCUCAUUCGAGGGACUUUGUUCUGCGUGGCAAAGAGAGUCUGUCCUCCUCAAAGCAAUGCAGGUUCUCAACCUUCACUUUCUCCUUCAGGUUGCAGCAGAGGCUUCUCUGUUUCCACUCUCCCCCUCCUUAAGUUGAUGGCACUGCAGCUAGCCUUGUUUUCCAUCACCGCACUCUGUGGACUCCUCUCUCACAUGUCCCGCCCCCCAACACCUUGUCCUUGAAACCAGCAUGGCUUUGGGUCUCUGGCAAGGCGGAAGCCAGCAAAUGCUAACUUGGCAGGUGGAAAGAGAAUUUUGGCUUAUUUAUAGCCGAGGCUUUCAACCUCCCUGCAUCUUGGCCUUCUGAAUAGGUUCUGGCCUGAGAGAUUGCGUGUGUGUGUGUGUGUGUGCACGCGUGUGCAUGUGGUCCAGUGCAGAGGUAGUGAAUCUUCUUAAGCCUGAUAGCCACCCAUGUGCAGAGGAGGGUGACCCAGAUGAUAAGGGGCCUGGAAAUCAAGUCUUAUCAGGAGUAGUUGGGUAUGUUUAUCCUGGAGAAGACUGAAUUGCAGGUGUGUUGUAUCAUUUUUUAAAAUGAUAAAGUGCAGGGUUUUCCACAGGGUCAAUAUGAGAUUGUGCAGGAGGUGAAUAAAGAUCUAGAGGUCAAAAGGGCCAUGGGUAGAAAAGAAGUUUACAAGGUAUGGUGUGAAAAAAUUAAUUAGGGACCAUGAGCCUAAGAAGUCAAGGGCCUGGACAUGCACAGAGUAUUAUGGUACCCUAUUAUUUUCACUUGUUCUACUUCCUUAUAUUUUGCAUUUUCUAAUUCUAGUGGUGAUUUAUGAUUGAUAAAUGACUUGAUUGAUAUUUCUUGACUUCAUUUCACUUGCAUUCCUCAGAAUGUGGGUUGUGGAUAGGGGUCAAUAAAAACUUUUGUGUGUUCAUGAAGAGCUCAUGGAACUCAGGGGUUUGUGUUUUGAGUCUCUUGGAGACCUUUGGGUUAAACAACAAUAAUUGCAUAAAUGCUACAUUUUUCUCCCUUUGCAGACAAGCUUUUGCCACCUUGCCCCUCCCGUCUUCAACCAUCCAUACUUUCUCCUUUUUCCACAGCUGCUAUUAACCUAGCAAAGCUGAAGCUGUUCCGGCACUACUACGUCAUGGUAAGGAGUUUGACACGAGCAGCUGUGAGCGGGGAGUCCUCGUUGCUGGUCCCACACUUUGGCACCGUCUGACUAACCCUCCUCCACUGCUUCUGAACUGCUCUUGCUUGCUCAUUGGGGCCAGGAGUAAGCAGCUGCAUAGCCUCUUUCAAUAGAAGCCAUGUUUUGGAGAUCUCACAAGUAACCUCCUGUUGAGAUUUUAGGCACUCUUCCCUCUCUGCAGAGGCAGGGAACCUAUUAGGAUGGCCCACCCUCGGAGGCUGAUGGAUCCAAUGGAUUUUCAGAUGGCCCUAGAGGAUUUUCUGGCUGAUAUGACUGGCCCUCCCAUCAAAGCCCCAACUGACCUCUAGAACAUCUGAAUGUCUCGGGGCAUUGACACGAUUGCCCCUGAGCACCCUCUCCCACUAUGUGGAGCCCACUGGGCUCCCUGGUAUAUCCCGGAGCAUAGGGCGAGGAAACAAGCUAGAAGACGGCUGAAACGCAAGUGUAGGAAAACUAGUUCAAUGCAGUUGAACUCUGGUAAGGACUAUCUAGUGGCAGUUAAGGCAGCAAAGAAGGCAUACUCUGCUGCUGCAAUUGCAUCCUCAUUGUACUUUCUGGCAGAGCUUUUCUGGGUGGUGCUGGGGCCUCUUACUGUCUCGCCCGAAGAAGGUUGCAGAACUGGUGGUAGCUCGCUGUAACUUAUUAGCAAAGUAUUUGUUGAUAAAAUAGCUUGCCUCUACUGGGAUCUUGACUCUGAAGAUGAAUCUGAAGGAGUGUCCAGAGCACUGUCUAGUCCUGUUGUGUUGGAUGAGUUUCAAUUAGUAAGGCUGAAGGAUGUGGACAAGAUGCUUGAAUCAGUCAGGUUGACCACUUGCAUUCUUGUCCCUGCUAGAUAAAAACUAGCAGGAAGGGGACAGUUGGCUGGGCCAGGCAGGUGUCUCCUUGCUAGAGGGGUUAAUCCCUGUCUGCUUGAAGGAGGCAGUGGUAAAACACUCCUCAACAAACCCUCCCUGGAUUUGGAAAAUCUUGAGUAACUACUGGCCACCUGCCAAUCUCCCCUUCUUGGGUAAGGUUUUUGAGCGAAUGGUGGUAGACCAGAUCCAGGCAGUCUUGGAGGAAACUGAUAUUUUAGAUCAACUUCAAUCAGGGUUUAGGCCCAGUUUUGGCCCAGAAACCGCUUUGGUUGUCCUGUAGAAUGACCUCUGUCAGGAGAGAAACAGGGGAAAUGUGUCAGUGUUAAUUCUCUUCAACCUCUCAGCAGUUUUUGAUACCAUCGACCAUGGGAUCCUUGAGGAGCAGCUGUCUGAGUUAGGGAUGGGUGGCACCGCUUUUCAGUGGUUCUGGUCCUACUUGGAUGGCAAUUUCCUGAGCGUGAUGCUUGAGGAAUGCUGUUUAGCUCCAUGGAGCCUUCAUUAUGGGGCUCCAUAUCCCUCAUGCUGUUUAACAUCUACAUGAAACCACUGAGUGGAGUCAUCUGGAGCUUUGGAAUGUGUUAUCAGCAUUAUGGUGAUGACACAUAGCUCUUCUUCUUUACACCAGCAAGUGAGGCAGCGGAUGUACUGGAUCAUUGUCUUGCCGCAAUAAUGGGAUAGAUGAGAGCCACUAAACUGAAGCUCAAUCCAGAUAAGACUGAGGCACUAUUAGUGGGUAGUUCCCUAGACCAGAUGGAUGGGAGGUUGCCUGCUCUUGAUGGGGUUACACUCCCUCUGAAGGAGUGGUUACGUAGCUUGGGGGUACUCCAGGAUCCAUUGCUGUUGCUUGAGGCUCAGGUGCUGUUGGUGGCAUAGAGUGCCUUCCAUUAGUUUUGGCUGGGGGCCUAGCUGCACUUCUAUCUGGACAGGAGUAGCCUAACUUCUGUCGCCUAUGUCCUGGUAACCUCUCGGUUAGAUUAUGGCAACGUGUUGUGUGUAUGGCUGCCUCUGAAGACGGUUUGGAAACGUCAGCUAGUGCAGAAUUCAGUUGCCAGGUUGCUCACUGGGGCAAGAUGGUUUAAGCAUAUUACACCAAUUCUGACACAACUGCACUGGCUGCGAAUUAGUUUCCAAGCCCAAUUCAAAGUGUUCGUUUUGACCUAUAAAGCUUAAAUGGCUUAGCAUCGCAAUACCUCAAGGGCUGCCUCUCCCCAUAUAAACCAACCAUCAUCUGAGGCCCUUCUUUCUGUGCCUCCUCCAUGAGAGGUCCAGAGGCUAGAAACAUAAGAACGGGCCUUUUCUGUGGUGGCUUCCUCUUUGUGGAAGUCUUUCCCUAGAGAAGCUUGCCUGGUGCCUUCCUUAUAUACUGUAUUUUUCCAUGUAUAAGACAAUGUUUGUUGCUAAAUUUGUUUAGUCAGAAAUAGGGGUUUGUCUUAUACAUGGAUUAUGAAUACACAGGGUUGUUGUUGUUUUGUUUUUUUAAAAAAACACUACUUGCCUUCCUGCGGCUGCCAUGAAGAAGCUGCCGGAACUGCCAAUGGUAUCUUUGGGCACCAGGCAAAAAUGUUUCUCUUUAACUAGUCCUUUUGCUGAUUAACAUUCCAUGUCCUUUUAAAUCUGUUUGAGGAAGGGGGAUUAUUGGUUUGUUGUAUUUUUGUUUUAUUACUUGUUUUCGUUUUAUAUUUUAAUGUUGUGAACUGCCCUGUGGCAUUCAGAUGAAGGGCAGUAUAUACAAAUUUAAUAAAUAAUAAUGCUUAUUCUUCACUGACCUGGUGGCUUCAGAUGUUGUUGGGCCACUGCUCCCAUCAUCCCUGAUCAUUGGGUGUGCUGGCUGGGGAGCGAUUGGAGUUGGGAGUCCAUCCACAUUGCAGGGGAUUGCAUUAAAUGACCCUUUGGGUCCCUUCCAGCGCUACACUUCUAUGAUUCUGUGAACAUCUGCAAGGGACCAAGGGGAACUGCUUUGUAAAGAGCCCCGGUUCCAUAUUGUCUGUGCUGAUAGGCAGCAGAUCUCCAGGGUCUCAGGCAGGGAACCUCUCCCACUCCUACCUGGAAAUGCCCAUGUGGAUUGGACCUGGGACCUUCUAUGUGCAAAUCAUGUGCUGUUAGAAUUUCCAGUGCGCAGAGCAUGGCUUGUGUCUCUUGCCAGAAGGUAGACUUCAGUUGCUGCAGUCACACACACUGAGAUGCUUGUACAGUAAGAAAACAGCAAAGUUGUUUAUUAUAGGUAGCUUGUCACUUGGUUGGAAAUGGUUUCAAGUUCUAAGCUAACUCACUAAUCUAGAGAAGACAAAGACAGCCAUGCUGCAUCCUUUGUUCUCACAGAAUAGAUCAAAGAUUACCUUCUGAGGAAAUUGCAAACAGGAUGCAGCCUAGGAUGUAUCAGUCUAACAUUAAAGAGACAGGAAGGUUAGCACCAUAGGUCAAAGGUACAGGGACAGUCUGGGAAUCUGGGAGUCUGUUGCUCUGUUUAACCCUGUGCAAAACCCUCUCAGCAAGCUCAGUGGCACCCAAACUUUCGUUGUGUGUGCUCUGCUACCGAGCUGCCAGUGAAGGACAGACUACCCUGAGAGACCUGGAGAAUGGACUAUUAGAUUGGUCCUACCCUGGUAAGUGCCUGGAUGGGAAGUCUGCUUGGAUGCCGCCACGCCUGCCCCUCCACAGACCAUAAGCCACAUUGAGUUUUAGUUAUAACUGUUGCCAAAUGCCUUGCCUCUCUGGCAGGAGAAGAAGAAUAUGCUUGUUGGGCAGUCACUGCUUGAGGUAAUUAUCUUCCCUAGAAGGCACCAGCCCAUUGAAACGCAAAUGGGAUCCAUCAAAAUUAGUAACAGGUUGAUUCGCUGUGACUCAAAUGAUCAGAUGGAAAUCAAGUGCUGCCAUUCCUCCAAUUCCACCUUUGUGAGAGGCAUUCCCAACCGACUUACAGAUGCAUGGAAAGCCCAUCCAUUGCACACUGAAAUCACAUGGCUUCCCCCUAAAGAAUCCUGAGAGCUGUAGUUUGUUAAGGGAAUUCUGAAUUUGAGCUAUGUGAUGGGGAAACUACCAUUCCCAGUAUUCUUUGCGGGAAAGCCAUUUGUUUAUUUGUGUAUUGCAUUUAUAUCCCACCCUUAUUUCCAAGGAGCUCAGGGUAGUAGUAUAUGUGGUUCUCCCCCUCCUCGUUUUAUCCCCACAACAGCCCUGUGAAGUAGGUUAUAGGCUGGGAAGCAAGUUCAUAUGCAGUGAGCUUCAUGAAUCUGAGUGUGGAUUUGAUUCCGGGUCUCCCAGGUCCUAGCCCAAGACUCUGAUCAUUGCACCACACUGAUUUUCAUGCGCUUUAAAUGUGUGUUGGGUGUGCUUUCUAUGUACGCUGUGGCUCUGCCCCAAAUCCCUGGCGAGAUUUUGAUUUAUUGGUGGGGCGUGAGUCUCUCUAGGGCUGUGUCUCCGUCGUUCUGACUGCUAACUCUGAUCCUCUCCCUCUGCUCACAGAUCGUGUGCUACAUUUACUUCACGCGGAUCAUUGCUAUUCUCAUCAAGAUCGCCGUUCCAUUCCAGUGGAAGUGGCUGUACCAGGUACCCCACCCCCCACUCCAGCAUGCUUCUUUCAAUGCUGUAACAUAACAUAAAUCUAUCAUGGAAACCUAUUCUUAAGCUUUGGCACUGGUAGCCAAUAUUUCAAGCCUGAUGCUCCCCCCCUUCCUGAAAUGUUGGUUCCCCCACCCACUCUUUCCCCAGUUUUUUUUCCUUCCUGCAGGUUAUUAUACGCUAGGACUGAAAAGUAAUUGCUUUAUUGAUCUGAGAACACACACAUUCAAGAAAUGCCCUUCAGACAUUAAUUGAGAACACAGAAAGGGUCAGGGAGAGAUUAUGGGGAAGGGGGGUGGGAACAUAGCAAGAAAAGCAAGCCCUAAAUUGGAAAAUAAAUAAAUGAAAACUACCCAUAAACCAUUAGAGAUAAUAAUAAAAAUACUUAAGGGUAACAGCCUCAUACCUGGAAAGUCAAAGAAACAAAAAAGAGAAUCAUUGUAGUUUUGAAAUUGGUUUGGUCCAUCAUCUCGAUUAAAAAUGGUGUCUAAUUUUAUCAGGAAAUAGAUGAAAACCUGCUCGUUGGUCUUGGGAACCAUCAUGUAAAAUUUGCUUACAGUAUCUUAAGAGGUGUCCAAAUGCAUAGCAAACAGGCAGGCAACUUUCCAAAACAUAUAGUAGAUAUACAAAUCACAUUACGAUUGGAGCAUAAAUUUUUAAUGGACAGCAUCUGAUAAAGCUGUGUCAGAGCAUCCAAUUCACUGCUGAUGAUGGCAACACUUGCAACAUGUACAAAGGCAUGAUGGAAAGCCUUUGAACCAACAGUCAGGAAAAACUGCACCUUUGAAAACCUUGCCAGGAGAGAUCAUCACAGACCACAGCAAGCAGAUGAAGCGAUGGGCAGAGCACUGUCUAGAACUGUACUGGUGGGAAAAUGUGGCCGCUCACACAGCAGUCGACGGCAUCCAGACCCUGCCUCUCUUGGAAGAGCUGGAUGUCUCUCCCUCCCUUGUCGAGCUGAAGAGACCAUCAACUCUCAGGCAUGUGGUAAAGCCCCAGGACAGGAAGGAUUCCCAACAGAAGUGCUGAAAGCCAGCCUCAAUUCCUCCCUCUUGACACCUCCACGGCCUCGUAUUCCAAUGUUGGGGGCAAGGAUCCUGCCACAAAUCAUACGCAACUCCAGCAUUGUGACCCUUUACAAAAACUAAAGUGACCGCUGUGACUGCAACAACUACCGUGGGAGCUCCUUGCUUUGUCCUGUGGGAAAAGCCUUGUAGUUCUCAACAGAUUGCAGUCACUCACUGACAGGGUCUGUCCUGGGUCAUUAUGCAGCUUUAGAGCUCAGAGGUCAGCAGCUGACACGAUUUUCUCACUGUGUCAGCUGCAGGAGAAAAGAGCAGAGAGGCCUGUUGUGCAUUGCCUUCAUAGACCUGAUGAAGGCCUUUGACCUCAUCAGCCAAAAAGGACUCUUCACACUGUUCUACAAGAUAGAAUGCCCACCUUAGCUCCACAAGAUGAUUGUGUCCUCCUACAAGAACAUGUGUGGCACUGUCCAGUAUGAUGGCUUAUUCUUGGACAUCUUACCUAUAGCUUUAUGGACGUGAGUUUUGGUAAGCUUACGACCGCCAGGAGCAAUGCCUUGAUGCCCCAUUGCCUUCCACAAAUGCUGCAUCAGGAAGAUUUUGGGCAUCACAUGGCAGGACAGUCUCAAACAAAGAUGUUCUCUCCCAAGCCCACAUUCCCAGCAUACUCACACCCCUUUCUCAGUGACAUCUAUGCUGGCUUGGUCCUGCCCACAGAAUGGAAGAUGGCAGGAUCCCCAAGGACAUGUUCUAUUCAGGACAGACCCACCGAAACUAACCAGCUUUUCAGACCUGUGCUAGGCUAGACGGAAUAAUGGUUUCACUUGGAAUAAAGUUGCUUCACAUGUAAGCACAGGUGAUCGAUCGUAGCUUCAGCAGUGGCUGAGUCUAAUGAACUAAGAGCCCCAUUUGGGUGGGAGUCCUGUUGCCCAGCAAUCUUUUCCAAGUGCCCCUCUCUUCUUUGUUGCAGCUGCUGGAUGAAAUGGCCACCUUGGUAUUCUUCGUCCUCACCGGGUACAAGUUCCGGCCUGCCUCUGACAACCCCUACUUGCAGCUCUCUCAGGACGAUGAUGAUGUCUUGGACAUGGAAGCUGUGUAAGGAGCCUGUUUCCUUGUAAUAAUUUAUAUUAAGAUGUUAAGCAUUACUAUAUACAGUACAGUUUUUUUAAAGGGGGGAAACAGAUAAAUUAGGACUCUGCAAUUUGUCUCUUGAUUUUGGUGCAUUCUGAUUAUAACAGAUAUUAUGUGACUCUUGUUGCUGUUGGGUGCGUCUGGAAGAAUCAAUGUUAGACAUUGAUUCAAUCUCAACAUUUCUGUUUAAUACAGUCCCAACUCUCUGUCUUUCCAAAAUUCAAACCCUUCAGUACGAAAUGUUCUCUGGAGCAGUGGCAGAAAUGGCAGGAAAGGGGGCAUCCCUUAAUGUCACUUAUGAUCCCUCCCUCCCCACCACUUCAACAAUUAAUAUAUAAUUUGAAACCCAAAGGGUACUUUUGUAGUGCAGGACUUCUACUAGAAAGGAAGACCAAUAAAUUGGAGCAGUUACAAUUGCUAUAUUAUGAUCCAAAUCUUAGCUGACUCCAUCUGGGACAAACUUUACAUGAUCCCUCAUUCAAACCCAGGUGAUUUUGAAUGUUGGUCCACCUGGGAAAGGAUUUGCAGCAGCAAUGUGUGAAGCAUUGCUACAAUCUACUUUAGGCAAUCCAAAGAGUAUUUUGCGUAUUGGGAUUCCUGCCCAGCUCCUGUGGAGUCAGCCUGGCCUACAUAGAGCAGCAAGGUGGGGAAUUGGGUGAGAGAUGUGUUGAAUCAGAAGCUCCUAACAAGGUGGGUGGUCCCAUGAUCUGCUCUAUCCUGUUAGGUCAGGAGUGGGGAACUUGUGGCGCUCCAGUUGUGGUUACAUCUUCAUCUCCUAUCAUCCCCAGUCAGUGGGGCCUAUGUCAAGGGAUGAUAGGAGCUAGGAACAAGACCUAGGUCACAGGUUCUCAUAUCCACGUUAGAUGUUUUGGGUGGCUCUUGUUCUUGACUCAUGUUGCCCAAGAUACAUGUUUCCAGAUCCAUUAUCUAGCUAUCUUUUAGUGUGGCAGACCCCACACUUUGGAACUCCCUGCCUAUUGACAUCUGGCAGCUGCCUUCACUUUAGUCUUUUUGGCAUCUCUAAAAGCAAGCCUGUCCUGACAUGUAGAACGUUGACAUGUGUUUUAAUCUGCUUUAUAGCUUCACGUUGGUUUCAUUUUUCUUUAAAUGUUUUAAAUAGUUGUUUUUGUUUGCUUAUCGUUUAAUUGCUUUAUACCUUUCUUAAAACACUUCAGUGCUUUAUUACAAUCAGGUGGUUAUAUAAAUCAUAUGAGAUAUCUAAAAUAAAUUGGCAGGCCUGCGGGUGGGGCGGGGGGGGGCUGAAUUUGAUGGAUGGGUGGAGCCACCGACCUGUCAAAUCACCUGGCAUCUCAAUGGCUCUCUUUAGCAUUUCAAAGGGACAAGCCUACAGUGUGAAAACAAAAUUUGCAUUCUUUGCUCUGCUUGCUUUUGGCUCUGGCCUUUUCCACCACUUGCAUGUGGCCCUCCGAAAGUUGCCUUGAAGCAAAUGUGGCUGUUGGGUUGAAAAAGGUGGGAGGUGGUUUCCAUGCUCCAGUUUCAGCCUUCCACUGACUCUUGUCCAGUGGCUAAAGUCUUACACCUUUACUCCCCAAAAGGAUCUUGGGAUGAUUGUCCUGUGAAAUGCUCUUGAGCUCUGCUCUGUGUCCCUGUCAGCAGGAUCAAAGAUCUGUUUGCUGGCUUUAUGUCCCCUGACGAGAAUGAUUCUUCUAGACAUCUGAAUGCCGCAGAUGUCUUGCAAAAGCUUUAAAUCUAAACUCCCAGGACUGCUGACCUGUUAGAAUUUUUCUUCCAAGGCUGCUGAGCCAGCUGCAAAUAGAGUGUUAAAGCUUGGACAUUUGUUGCUUGUGAAGGUGGUGGAAGCAAGGACCGAAAUCCUCCAAUGCAGCCCUCCCUGGUCAUUGCACUAAAGAUCAUUGACAUGUUCAUCAUCAGUAUUAUUAUUAAUUUAUUGCUCAACAUUCACCCUAAGGUUUCCAGGGAGUGUCUGUGUGGCAGGGGGUACAACACAACAUUAGAAACAAUUGAAAGCAACUUAUAACCACAAAUAUAAGGCGGGUCAUGAAACGUACACUUCAAGUGUCAAGAGGCCAGCGUCUUCAGCACCCUUUGGAAGCUAUGCAGUGAAGAUGCCAGACACACCUCUGUGGGGACAGAGUUCUACCACUCAGGUGCCGCCACAGAGAAGGCACUCUCCUUCAUUUACCAUAUUUUUCGCCCUAUAGGAUGCACUUUUUCCCCUCCAAAAAUGAAGGGGAAAUGUGUGUGCGUCCUGUGGGGCGAAUACAGGCUUUCGCUGAAGCCUGGAGAGUGAGAGGCUCUCGCUCUCCAGGCUUCAGGAAGCUCUGCGCAACCCUCCGGAGCCCAGCGCGAAGCCACGCCGGCCUCCGGAGCCUGCGCAGAGCUGCCUCUGCUCCCGGGCUCCGUGCAGCUCUGCGCAACCCUCCGGAGGCCGGCGCGGCUUGGCGCCGGGCUCCGGAGGGUCGCGCAGAGCUGCCUGCAUUCCGAAGCCUCGGGCGCGCUGAAGAGCGUGCCCGGGCUUCGCACAGCUGUCCGCAAGCCUAGGGAGACCGGCGCAACUCCCUAGGCUUGCGGAUAGCAGGCUGUUCUGGGGGCUGGGGUCGGGGGAAGCUUGGGCUUCCCCCGCGCCAGCCCCGUGCCGCGGGGGGGGGAAUAUUUUUUUUUCUUUAUUUCCCCCCCCCCAAAAAAAAACUAGGUGCGUCCUAUAGGGCGGUGCGUCCUAUGGGGCGAAAAAUACGGUAAUCCCUACAACAAUCCUGUGAGGUUUGUUGUGAGUUGGGAUUUGAAACCUCAUCUCCCAGGUCUUAGACCAACACUCUAACCAAUGCAGCACACUGACUGGUUGCUGUCAAAAUAUUGGGGUCAAAUACAUUCCAGUUAUUCAUUCAUUUAUUUUUCAGGAUUGUGUAAUUCCAUGUGGAUGCAGUGCGGGGGAGGCACAGAGAGUUGCAGCCAACAAAGUUUUACUCAGAGUAGACCUAUUAAAAUCAAUGUACCUCAGUUAGUCAUGGUCAUUUGUUUCAGUGGUUCUACUCAUGAGAAGGGGUGACAUUGGAUGCAACCCAGAAUUCAUUCAGGUGGUCUUUGCCCCUAAAGACCUGGCGAACUCUUGCCUGAUCUUCUGUUUGCUUAAAGGAGCAGUGCCUUGACAGGAGUGGCUUUCAAAACAAAUCCAAAGCUGGAUGAUGAUGAUGAUGUGUUCUUUGGGAUUGCAACCCAGAGGUGUCACUGUGUGUAGCCUGUUGCAACGGAAACCACAGAAGUUGUCUUGUGGAGUAAUAGACUAAUCCACAAGUACUGGGUGUGUGUGUGGUUCUUGCAGAAGCUAACUGCGGUAUGUGUAAUUUUUGCAGAGAACCAAGAACAUACAAAUGAGAGUCAGCAUGGUGUAGUGGUUAGAGUGGGACCUUAGGGUGAAGAGCCAAUAGUUAAUAAUAAAAAUAGUGUAGUAAGCCCGCAACCUAUGUGGGGGUUACGUUUCAGAGAUGGCUGCUAAAGCCAAAAUUGUGUAUUGUCAAAACAGAUUGGUUUCAAUGGCAGGUGAGAUUUCCCAGGUCUUUUUUGCUGGAUACCUGCCCCGUUUCCACCCCCCUUCUAAUAUAUAAUUUACCAAGUGUAUAAUGCUGAAUGUACAGACUUAAACGCACAUAAAUUUCAGGCUUAUUGUAAUAAUAAUAUUUAUUUUAAUGAUAUAUUGUUUGUUUCUUAAACUGUACGCAGGUUUGAGAUUUUUUUUUUGGGGGGGGGAUGUUUUUAAAUAAGUAAAGUGCAGCUUUGUUGAGUCUAAUCCCAGCUGGGAGAAGGGGGUGGGGAAUAGGGUGCAGGGAAUGCUUUUGCUUGUGGCACAUGUGCCCGCAAGUCUUUUGAUGGCAACCCACAGAUUGCCACAUCUUUUUGAUGUGCACUCUUUUCUUUUUUAACUAAAUUACAUCUCUUUCACCCAGGAAUGGGUUGUCGGGGGGGGCGGGGAGAACCUUCCCGCCAUGCGGCCCUGGUUGGGGCAAGAACAGCACUGAAGUGUUGCCUUAUCUCUAAGCGAUUUUUUCUGCUGUCCUCCUCCCCACAGGGUGACAACUUCGGGGGUCAUGGAAGGUAUGAAGAAAGUCAAGAAGGUGGUCAAUGGCUCGUCGUCGGAGCCCCAAGGCGAGAGGGAGAGUGCUGCAUGAUGGAGUCAAUACUUUCACCACCACCUCCGUUUCUUCUUCUCUCCCUUCUGCGCCCCCCACCCCACCCCCAAAAUUAGGACAAGGCAGCACUUUCAGAUAAACUUUAAUUUAUUGAUUUUCUGCUUCCCUCAACAGAAGGGGAGCAAGUUGAGUUUCCUGAUAUGGGAACUGGAGAACAUAGGGCAGUGGGAAAGGGCGGCUGGGGGUGGGUGGGGGCAAAAUCCUGUGCAAAAUUGAGAGAGAAUCACAAUCCUGCGUAUUCAUUUGUCCUGGGGAUUUGUGGCUCUUCUAGAGCCUUGCAAGGAAGCUCUCCUGUUUUAUGGUGAUGGCAGAUUUGUUUUAAUUUUUUUAACCUUUUAACAUUUUUGCUAAAGUUUUUUAACGCUCCUCCUGCUUUCUUUCGGAAACUUGACUGUGAGAAAGAAAAUAGAACCAUCGGUUCUAUUUGGCUCUUUGGGACACAACUUCCAAAUGUGAAAAAACCUGGUGAGAGUUGUAUAUGUAAAAGUAUAUAUGUAUAUCUAUAUUUUAUAUGAUGCCUUCUGACAUGCACCCCUCCCUGCAAUGUGUAACCUUUUGUGUGUGCUGGGGAGAUUUGACAAAAUGGUUUUAAAAGUGUUGGGUGUGGCGCAGGGGAGAUCUUUUGGGGUUUACUUGUAAAUGUUGUGCUGAGUUUAGGCAUCUUUUUCUCUCCCCCUUUUUCAUUUGAAUGGGGAGCAAAUAGGAAUUCUGCCUCCAGAUAGGAAUAGGAAUGUUUUCUUUCUUUUUUCUUCCUUUUUUGAGACCAAGGCUUCCUUACUACCCUCUUUAAUGGUGUGGACCAAAAAGCUGGGUCCCAUUUUGACUCUAUGCAGUUCCCUCAAGGGGUUCCAAAUAUGUGCAAUGGAGGGGGGGAUAUUCACUGAAUUAUUAUUAUUGUUAUUAUUGUUAUUUCUUCUCCCCCUUUGCUGAAAAGUGGUGAGGUCAGGUUUCAAAUCCCCGCCCCAAAUAAAUUACUGCAUAUAAGGAGUGAUCCAUGAACAGCUGCUCCUAGAGGGUUUCUUGGCUAGAGGAUCGGUGAAGCCGAGCUCUCCAAAUUCUUGGGAAUACUCUCAAGAAAGGAACCCCUGCUGCUUGCUUUCAUAUGUGAAAUGGGGUGAUUCACAAGCAGUGCAAGAAAUCUCUCUUUGCAUUGAGAAAACAGCCCAAGCAGGUCUCUGACCUCACAACGGAAAUUCUGUCUUCACUCUGUGAAGAGAACAUCAGCCUUUUCUCUUUUUUUGCUUAUGCAUUGUGAGCUAAAAACCCCUUCUCCCUCCUCUUCCAGUGCCCCCUUCUCUACCUGGCUAGCUUGGGGAUAAUGCAUGGAAAUUGCAUUGCCCUUGGGCAGAGCAAAUGUAAGCUGGCAAAGCAGGUAAGCAGAGAGAGAGUUUGUUCACCUGGCAGCUGGAGGGACGCCUGGGGUCUCCAGUCAGGAAGAUAAGUUUGUAUGAAGGGUUACAAAGAAAAGCUGCAUCCUACCAUUUAGAUGUGCUGGCUUCUGGAAGAGCGGGAUCAACGAGUGACCUGCUGUUGAAUCAGGAGCCAUGCGGUCCUAAGAGCCUUUCUUCUUGUUUAUUGUGAGUGAGGUCUCUUCAAACAGCAGCUGGCAGGUCCAGAAGUGUCAAUACAUGUCUUCUGUGCUCAUCCAAAGUUGUGCUCUCUCCCAAAGUUUGCAUGAAGGACACACAAAGCUAUCUCAAAGAGAGGCAGGGUAUCGUCUUCCCACAAGAACAGCCCUAUCAGCCUCAAGAUGCCAUUGGUGUUGAACUCCGCCGCUCAGAUAUUUGGUGGGGCCACCAGCCAGGAUCAUAGCAUCUUGAGCUCUGGUAUGGCUUGCCCACUAAGGGUUCAUUCAGUAGCCAUCAACCUUGCUUCGGCCAGCCAGACUCUUCCAACUUCAGUCAGCCCAUUAGAAGUUUUGUUGACGGACAAAUGGCAACGUCAGUAGUUUGGGUUGAAGUUGAGGAAGAGGCCAUCUUUUGGCACUACAAUCUCCACAUAUCCCACUCCUUUCCUUAUCUUCCACCUACCCAUCCUUCCUGCAGAAUGAAGGAACUGGACAAAAAGCACUACCCCCCCCCCCCAAAAAAAACCAUGCCUCUCAGUAGAUUGCAACAUAACGCUAAUGCAAAUGGGAAGGAUUUUUCCUUGUCCAUUGGAACAUCCUCCCCCAACCGCCACAGUAUACACCCCUAAGUCUGUUACAGAGAUUCCCCUGAUCCUCUGGAGCCAAUCUGGGGACAGUGCACAGCUUUCACAGGAGGAGGCAGGGGAAAGUCCUACUGUACAAGUAGAAAUCAUUCUGCUAACACAAUUACUUAGUUGGAUGCUCUGGGUUGAAGCUUUAUAAGGCCUUUGGGUCCAGCUGGCCUGUAAAGAGAGGAGAGAUUGCAAGAACAAGAGCUUUCCAUUGGGCUGAGAGUGGGAAGUGUUUCUUGGCCUGCAGCAGAACAGGAGCUGGCAUGUACAAGUAUGGGGGGCUCAGUCAGUCACUCUUCCACUUGUCGAAACCCGACGCUUUUAAAUGUUGUCGACUCUGAAUCAUACUAUUGAUGUUUUUAAAAAAUGGGUAGGUUGUUUUGCGGGGCGGGGGGAGUGGAUAACUCCCCCCCCCAACUGAUGUUUCAUCUUCAUCCUAAAAUGAGCUCAGCUUUCCUCUCUAUGUGCUUCACCCACUCCUCUCUUUGACAGCCAAAUCUUUUGGACAAGCAGCCAAGAGAGUUUUCUCCACCCAGUGUGUUCCCUUCAAAUGAUGAGCCCACUGCUUCAAAAACCAGGACUGUGCCACUUUUUAAAAAAUAAAAAGUAUCCCUUUUUAAAGGUGGGUAGGAAGAAGGAACAGCUUCUCUCGCUCCCAGUUCCUCCUUUCUCUCUCUGGAAUCCAUUGUGCAACUGCUCUAGAACCCAUUAUGUGACUGUGCUGGAACCUAUGUUUUCUUGCAGAGUGCACUCAUACCAGAUGUGUCCUCACUCCCAGUGGAGAUUUUGGCAUCUCACACUGAAAAAAGGAGCUUGCACCAUCCACAUCAACCCAGGGGAUAGUCCUGCUUUCUUUUUUUAAACACCUGAAGACCUGUGUAGGUGGAGGACCAAUUGGGUAGCUUAGCAAAGAGACUUGGUUAAUCUCAGAAAAUAGGUCCGCAUGAUUCCUGAUUUAUUUAUUUAUUUGUAACAUGGGCUGCACCUGCAGCCCUCUGGAUGUUUUUGGACUACAACUCCCAUUGUCCCUGGAUAAUUGGCCUUGCUGGCUGCUGGGAGUUGGAGUCAGAUAACAUCUGGAAGGUCACAGGUUCCUUCACCGCUGGAACUUUUAGAAGUUAAAAUAAUAGAUCCUUUUUUCAAAAAAAAAAAAAGGAAAAAAAGGUGUGCGGUUUAUUUUAUUGGGUGCUUCAAACAUCUGUGUAUUCCUUCAUGAAUCUCUUCAUGUUUUAAAGUUGUUGUUUUUUAACCUUUUAUCAGAAUAGAUAUAUGAAAUGGCAGUAUUUCUGUAAAGGGGAGCAGGGGGCAAUACCAAUCAGGGGACCUUUUCUCUCUCUAUGUAAUGUGGUUUUUCUGAUAUGGAAGAGAUGUACAAAAUAAAAGACUUGAUGACUAGGAAACUUU